UCGUCUCCGACUUGCAUCAUUUCUUGUCUGUCUUGCCUGCCGGGAGCAGACAACAUGUGAGUAUAUCCAUUGAGAAUUAUCACCCUCGCUGAAAAGGACAGAUUAAAUUCACGCUCUCCUGAACACCCGCUACUAUCCGUGAAGGCUAACACCGCUGCCUUAAACAAACUUUGUUGUCUGUUAAACUCAGAGCUGAACUAGUUAACUGAAGCAACAACCGGCUAGCUUAACCUGCUAACUCACAACAAGGAGGCGUCAUUGCUGAGCUCUCAGUGUUACAAAAAGUGUCUGAUGGGACUUUUGUAACUAGUGAGGGGACAGUUUGUACUUAUGCAUGUUCAACGUAAAGAUGUCGUAUUAGAAGUUACUUAUGCACCAGGAAUAAUAAAGGAACUGUGUGAACUCUGACAGCUCUGACAGAUUUUAAGGAGGCUAAACUGUGAAGGAGAAGAUCCAAGAUUAGCUGAAGAGGCAAGAAGCCAAAAUGGGAAAAGAGCACAAUUUAAAACUCCCACUGGCUCAUUUAAAACUCUGUAAUUUAUUCUAAUUCAAACAAAUUACACGAGUGUGAAGUCACAGUGAGAUGGAGUUUGCCAUUUGUCUUUAACAUAAAUGAAUGAAGGAUUCCCAGAGAGCCCCCAAAGUAACAGGUUCAUUAUCUGAUUUCUCUGAGUUUAACAUUCAUGUUCUGUGGUUUUUGCAGACGCCAUGGUCGAGCCAGUCCCCGAGUCCAUCAACUUUCCCUCUGAGGAGGAGAAGAUCCUGCAGAUGUGGAAAGACAAAGACUGCUUCCAGGAGUGUCUGAAACAGUCCAGGAACAGGCCCAAGUACAAAAACUCUUUCUGCAAAACAAAUAUUAAUAUUUUUCUCACAAAAUAUACUCAGGUGUAAUACAGUAAAACCUUUUAACUUAAGACAGCUGGAUGUAAUUUUCUUUUGUGUACCUGUUUUUGCCUGUUACUAAUAUUGGAAACUACUUAAUCUGCAACAUAAACAUGAAACUAUCUGUUGAAGAGGCACCAGGUUAUAUAUCCGUAAAAAUAAAUCCUAUUGUCACCACAGUUUUCAUGUUGUAUCUUGUGUUAGUGUCAGAGGUGAAAGAUUGUACAUGAUAAUUAUCAUUCCAGCUGUUGGAUGCCAAGUUAAAAAGCUGCACUUCCUGGCUAACCAGUUGUUGUUUGACUACAUUAUGUACUUUCAUAUGUCAAUCUUUAUGAUUGUCAGUACUUAAAUAUCAUGUAAAGCCAUGAUAAGGGUUAACACAUUUGAAGAAACAAGAUGAAUCUGUUUAGUUUCAUCUUGUAUCUCAAUUAUAGAUUAUUUAAAAGGUUUAAAAGCUUUUCUCUUGUGGUUAUUGGCUGUUUUCAUACUUAAAGGCUGUCAAUUGAAAACCUUUUAAAAAUUACAGACUAGCCUUUAAAUCUUCAGCUUCUCCCCCAAAUUAUAGCGACAGGAUGAUGGUUUCUAAAUCAAACAACAUGGAGUGAGGGGAGGUUUGGUAAGAAGCAAACCUUGUACACUAACAUUUCCUGAUAGAGGUAAAAUAGAUGUGAUUGUUUAGCUGCACAACUAGGAGACAACCCUCACUGUCAACACAAGCAUCACUAUAAAGAUACUAGCUAGUUUAAUGAUGAAACUCAAUGUUUCUGUCCAUAUUUACUCUAAAUAGAUAAAAGGUAGUGAAAUGCUCUUACUUUCCUCAGGUACACCUUUUAUGAUGGCCCUCCUUUUGCCACUGGCCUUCCCCACUAUGGUCACAUCCUAGCCGGCACCAUCAAGGACAUCGUCACCCGUUUUGCUCACCAGAGUGGCUUCCAUGUGGAUCGGCGCUUUGGAUGGGAUUGUCAUGGUCUGCCUGUGGUAAGAAUUUACUGUCCUGCUUCUUCUAAAAAUAGUCAUUGUAUUGAAAGUUUUGAUGUAGAUCUACAGAUUUUUUUCCCCCUAUUUUUCUGUUUUUGUAGGAGUAUGAGAUUGAUAAGACUCUGGGGAUCAAAGGCCCUGAAGAUGUCGCAAAAAUGGGAAUUGCUGAGUACAACAAGCAGUGCAGACAAAUCGUCAUGAGAUACUCCAAUGAGUGGGAGGUGAGCAAAUAUAAAAGAGCUCAGUGAUAUUUGUCAACAAUUACUGUUCAUAAAAAGUGCAUUGAGUGUACUCCAAUACAAACUGAAUCUGCUCUACACAUAAAUCUUUCAUGUGCAGAACAUGAGUUUAAUUUUAGAUCAUUUUUACAGACGUACCCAAAAUCAGGGGCCUCUGCAGAAUCUUGGUUCAGGAUAAUGAUGUUGUUUUGAUUUUCUAAGUGUAUGUCUCUUAUAUUCUCAGACCUCCGUGACUCGAAUGGGAAGGUGGAUUGAUUUCAGAAAUGACUACAAGACUCUGUACCCUUGGUUCAUGGAGACUGUCUGGUAUGAAAGUCAGAUUUUCUGUGUGACAAGUUUUGGCUCAAAGACACUUACAUAAUGUGCAUUUCACUUAAUUACAUUCAGGCUCCAUCUAAUGUACUUAAAGCACAAAGUCAUUUUCAUCAGAGACCCUCGUGGAUUUUGCUGAAUCAUUUCUUCAACUUUAACUUGAUUACUAUCCUGAGGGAAAUUGUUGCAAUACGACAAUGUCAAUGAAAAACAACCAAAUCUACUUAAAGUAAAACACUAAAAGCACUAUAUGAUAUGAAAUGUAAUAGAAGCUAAAGUGAAUCUGUCUGGGUCAGUCCCUUUGUGUGCAGCUGUCUGUCUCUCCUUCUUCUUGAUCUGUUUUUUCAUCUGUCCUCUCUGACUUUAGGUGGGUGUUCAAACAGCUGUAUGACAAAGGUCUGGUUUACCGAGGUGUCAAAGUCAUGCCUUUCUCCACUGCCUGUAACACCCCCCUGUCCAACUUUGAGUCCCAUCAAAACUACAAGGUUUGCAUAAAUCACAACCCUCGUGACAAAACGAUCAUACGUCGGUGUAUAAAUGUUAAACUCGAUCAAUCUUUGUUCCACUUUUGCCUCCAGGAUGUUCAGGACCCAUCUGUGAUCGUCAACUUCCCAUUGGUUGAGAACGAGGAAGUGGCUUUGAUCGCCUGGACGACCACACCCUGGACACUGCCGAGCAACCUGGCACUCUGUGUUAACCCCGAGUUCAUAUAUGUCAAAGUCAAAGGUAAGAGAAUACUAUGAGUGUGGUGUAUAUGACCUUUAUAAAUGCCACAUGUAGACCUUCGUGUAUCCACCCUCCAGGUUUAUAAACAGCCUCCACAGUUAAUAAGUCAAUGUUUGAUGUUUUUAUUUUCUUUCUUCUGAAAAAACAACUUAUCUGUAGUCUGUUGACUAGUAACUUUAAUGCUCCACAUUCUUCGAAGAGAUGGACGGACCAAAACCAACAAGACUGGUUGUGAUCUCCUGUCCAAUAUUAGACUUGCUUGUGUUGUUUGGUAUCAUGUUGAUUUUGCUAGCUGGAUGAGGCACAGUUUGUUAAUUUAAGUAGUUAGUGACUUAAAACAAACAAGUGCGGAUUACUCAAUAAAAAUCAUGACAAUUUACUAUAAAUGAGAUAUUCUCAUUAGACAGAUAACCAUCCUGCAGUCAUGAUGUGGUAAACACAACCUCAAUGACCUCAGCAUGCUUAAUUCUUAUAGCAGCAUUUAAUCUGGAUAUUUCAAUGUUUAUACCAAACAAUGCUGAAACUUUUCUCCUCUCUCUCUCUCUCAUAACUCUCAUUACAUAACCAUGGCAACAAAUAGGGGCUAAACAUUACCACUGUUAUCCCACAGUCUGUUGUAGUCUGUAAACUUGGCUGUACAAAACAAACACCAUUAAACAGCGCUGUGUUGUCAGAAGAAACUGAAGAUCUAGACUCUUAACACUCACCCCUCCCGGUUUGAUUUAUCUAUCUAACAAAAUCGUCAAACUUCUGCUGUUGUAAGUUUUUUCUUUUUCAAACACAGGCUAAAUUACAUGAGAAUUACUUUCUGAUUGUUUGUAGAUAUUAUUAAAAUGCACUGAGGCUCAUCGUAAUUCGAGGGCCUUUAAACACAAGUUUUAGAAUUAUGGCUCAAAGAUAAAUUAUUGUUUAAGAUAUAUCGUCAGAAAAAUCCUCCAUGAUAAAUAUUUGCCAUCUUAUGAUAAAUAUGAUAAAUGCAAGUUGAUGACGUAAGCGGGAGUGACGGACUGGCAGCCGUAGCCCACACAGAUCAGAAUAACAAACAAACAUGGCCGAAGGUGAUAAAGAAGACGUUUAUGUCAUUAGUUUUCUCCAUAACCUAUCACUUAAACUUGACGUUAAGUAUCUUAUUUGACUACUCCAAGUGGUGUUCCCAAGACAAAAUGAGUCAAAAAUAUUGACUGGAAUUAUAUUUUUUAUCAGGACUUUUAUCGUUAUCGCCAGAAUGGCAAAUCUUAUCGUGUUUGUUUGUUUGUUUUAUCCCAUAUUGCCCAUCCCUAAUAGCUAAGUUUUAUUGUGAGCGACUUUAUUUUCUUUUACUAGACUUGUGAUCCGUUACCCUCCAAUAUUCCAGAGUGAAAAUGAUACAAACAUAGAAUGACACAGAACUUGAUGUGUUUUCUGGAAUAAUGGAAAAGCUUUGGCUGACCAACAAUCCCAAAUGUCCUCACUGGGGCUGGAGGUUUAUCUGCGACGUGUCUCGGUCUGAAAUGUUUUCCCCACUCAUAGUUGUUCCCAAUGUUCUCUUGUGGUCGGUUUAUUUUAAUCUUCAUGUCAGGAAACACCAUUAUCUUCUGCUGUUGUCUGUACUUUCCUCAUGUCCUCGUGGGGAAAACAGAGAAAUAUCUGCUCUUACAUCCUGUCCACAAACAUGUUUGUGUUGUGGAUUGCCUGGGUUACCAGGAUUGGUUGUUUUUUUGUGGAACAGUGUUGUUUAAAUGCUGCAGCCUAGGGCCAAAAUUUCUGUAAAAAAUCUUGUUUCUCUUGUGGAUUUAAUGUUGUGGUCUGCAGUAUCAGCUGUGGUGUUUUUAUUCGGAAAGAACAAACAGGAACAAAUUAACACAAGAGGGGGAGUGCUGCCAUUGCAUUUUGCACCCAAAGGAAAGGAUCUCUGUCCUGUAAUGUGUUGGUGGACUCUCCAGCCUUUGGCUGUGUGUUAGCUGAUGAAAUAAGAAAAGGGACUCUCUGUGACUGUAAUAUUGUGCUUAUCUACCACAAACCAGCACUUAACUUUCAUAAGAAGUAACUCAGUGCCAAGGCAACAGACUUACAUGUCAUCACAGUAAAAUGCGGAUGAUAGCAGAUGUUAUGAAAAGGGGCUUUGUAAAGUAAGACUGAUUGGAAAAAGGGUUUACAGGUUGAUUGGCCAUCCAGUUAAAAAAAAUCCAAAAGAUAUGUUUUAUCUCAGUCAUCGUCUCCGUGACUGACACUUGACAUUAUAGCAAAUGAUAGGAUAGGGCUGGGCGAUAAAAGGAAAAUUUACCGAUACCGAAAUUUAUGACAAUAACUGACAUCAUUUUGCCCAUGUCGGUUUAUUCAGCGUCAAAAAAUAAAUCAAAGUUGGUUCUGGAUGUGUGUAGGUAGGCUAUGGUCUCGUGUCUCUUUUAAAACGCUGUCCUACGUUGGAGAUGUGACUCCACCCCAUCCAGUCCAACAAAGAGGUAAAGACAGGUGAGGAGAUGGAGGACGGUUCAAAAGUUGUAGCGGCUGGAGCGGUGACUAAAGUAGACAAAGUUAAUAUGGGAGGGGUUCAGCAGCUUGUGGAGUAGUUAUUGUCCAUUUAUCGUUAUUCAGGUGAACUGCUCAAUACAUCGUGAUAUUGAUUUGAGGCCAUAUCGCCCAGACCUAUGAUAGGACCUGUCUGUAAUGUUCAAAUUCACUUAGUUAAAUCUUCCUCUUUUAGAGCCACUCUGCUGUUUGGGAUAAAGUCUUCCUUUAAAGUCUGUUUUUGUAUAAACCAUUGCUGCAGCUACAAUAAAGUCUUAUGCACUUGCCCUGCAAUAAAUCAAGAGUAUUAACUUGAAUUAGUAGGAAAUAAAUGUGAGAGAUUCACAAUUAAUUUAGAUGAAAAAUGAAUUGUAUCAAAAUGCAGAGUCACACUUGCAGUCUAGCAGCUCUUGCAAUUUAGAUUUCUGCUAUACUGCAGUAUUCAAUCGAUCAGUCAAUCAAAUUUUAUUUAUAUAGUGCCAAAUCACAACAGUUGUUAUCCCAAGAUGCUUUCCAAAAAAAGAGCAGGUCUGGACCACGCUCAUUGUUUGAUAAAUUACUAAGACCCAACCUUAAGAUGGGAUAGAUUUGACCCAUCUCAUCUAACAUGAGUGACAGUGGCAAGGAAACACUUCCUUUUAAUAGGUAGAAACCUCAAGCAGGACCUGACUCAUGUUAGACAGCCACCUGUUGGGGAGAAAUACACAGAGAGAUAGGGAGGGAGAGAGAGAGAGACAGGAGACAGCAACAUUAAAAACAACAACAACAACAGCUCACACAGAGUUCCGGUUGCAGAGCAAGUAAUAAUGGAGGAAUAUGAGUUUAAUGUUGCACGUAUCCCAAUGAUUUUGUGAGUUUAUCAUCAGUAAGAACAAAAUGCAUCAUGCAGAAUCGUUAACACCGCUAAACUUGAUCAUAUCUUUAUUAAAACACUGUACAGUUAUGUUUCAAUCCAACCCGUUUGCUAUGCGAUGCAGUCCACAUUGACACUGACUCUGUUGCAUUAAUAUCACUCAGUUUGGCAUGAAUCGGCAUGUGCAAAGGUUGAAUGAGAAUUUAAGCUAUCCUUGUUUUUAUUAUCAAAAAUGUAACUCUACCUCCUGCCAAAAAUGUCAAUAAAAACCAGGAGAGUGAGACUGAAUCCUCCAGUUUCGUUCAUGUGUGUUGCUCAGGCAUGAGGAUUGUGGGUGAAGAUUAAAAUCAGGUCACUUUAAAAAGUGUCGUCCUUGUUGAAACAUAUAAAAAAACUGAAAACCCUCCAGAGAGGUGGCUCGUGUUUUUGUGUUACCCUUCUGCUGUAGUUUUUGGUUUCCUGUGAUGAGAGAAAACUGGUGGGUUUUUAAAAAAGAGUGACCUAGAUUCACACCACUUUGUCAUGGCUUAUUUCGUCCUGUGGGGGGCACUGUUGAAGCACAAGCUGCCAACCUGACUGCACCGCCUGUGCUGUGCUGCAUGGGAGACCGCCUCAGAAUACCAAUGACUGUUUUUUUUUUUUUUUCUGUAUCAGCUCAGUCUCCCUCUCUCUCUUUUUUUUUUUUAUCUUCCGUCCUCUUUUACUCUAUCCCCCCGUCUCAUUUUCAAAAUGCUCUCUUUACCUCCACAUCCACCUGUUUUUGUCCUUCGUUGGGCUUAUUUUUCCCCCGCUCUGUCUCUUUUUGUGUCUGUCUUCAUUCCCUCGCUGCUUCUGUCGCUGUUUGAGUCGAAAGCUGUCAGCAGCGGCAGCAGCAGCAGGUCUGAGCCGUGCAGUCAUUUGUCACACCACUGAGGGGAAGACAGAAACAUCUUUUAUUGAUGCCCCCCUCUCUCUCUCUCUCUUUUCUUUUUUGUGUCUCACUGUCAUAGGCCAUUUGGUUUUUGCCUUCCUCGCAACUGUUGGCCCCGCCGCUCUCUUAUCUUUCCUCUAUUCCCCCUUUGGCCAGUUUUCCAGGAGGGUUCGGUUUCCCAAAAAUGUCAGGCAGUUAUCCUCCAUGAGGCUGCAACUUUUCACUGAGCUCUGCUGUUACCUACCAUCAUGGUGGGAUCCUUACCUGACCUUGACUUCAUAGCUUGGUGUAUUAUUGUGAAGCAGGACUUGACAUUGAGGUUUAGCAGACUUGCAUCCACCCAUUAGAUGCCUGGGCUUAUACCGUGUUUAAUGAGGUGCUGUUUAUCACUCUGAUAUACAGUCGAUAAGCAUAAACCUUGCUGCAGGGACUGUUUAGAUGGCAGAAAAAAUCAUUUUACAGCAUAUUGAUCCAUAUUUUUAUUCCCCCUUCACCUGUUUUCACUGCCACUUUAGCAGCCUGUAAAUAAAAGAAGCAACUAAAAUACAAACACUUUGAUUUUGCCGGGUUUUAUCCACCUCUAACGAAGCUUCAUGUUCUUCUUUCUGUUGCAUUUGCCCUUAAGUGGUAUGUUUAUCAAGUCUGAACUAGACUCUCUGAAGCAGCUUUGGGUAAAUGACAUGUUUACGUUUAUUCAAUACACAUGCCUGGCAGCAAAGUGUCAUUCAAAGUAUGUCUGUGUUUUUCACCCUUCAGAUAAUGCGACAGACAAGACCUACAUAAUGAUGGAGGCCAGACUGGGAGCUCUGUUCAAGUCAGAGAGCGAGUUCACUCUACUGGACAAGUAAGUACACAAAUAAAGGAUAAUGCAUGAAGAGGGAGCUGGUUUAAAGAGUGGGCGAGCUAUGACAACCUGCUCACUCUGUAUUAUCUGACAUAUUAACCAACAAAGGGGUUGACUCCAAAUAUUAACCUCAAGAUGAUUUAAAUAGCGCUUCUGGAUCAACAGUGUUGUUCUUAUCAGGCUGUUUGCAGAUUGAUUUAAAGCUCCUGUUAGAUCACUGAUGACAAGUUUAACAAUCUCUAUAUUGUAUUUUUCCAGAUUUCUUUAGUGAGUUUCUUCAGACAGUUCAGACUUGUACAACAAUUUAACAAUACGCAAGAGCAUCUGCCUUACGCCUAAUUUCCACCACAUGUGGAACGGCGGCGAAAAGGCCUUAAGCGCAAUUGCUGCUGAUCGUUUCCAUUCAAUUUCCACCGGCUUCUUUCCGGCCCCCCUGCGGUUCAGCGGGCUUCGUAGCCAAUUGCUGGGAUUCUAUUUUUUCCGGACGCUGGAAUAUGCCACAUAAAUUCAGCACAGAUUAACCCGUGCUGGAAAGGAAAUCGUCACAGACACUAAAUAAAACAUUCAGCUUCUGUUUAAAAUAAAACACUUAAUAUUUCAGGUGGCUUGUAUUUCACACCAUGCAAAUGGGUGGGUGGGGACCAAGUCAAAGGUUGAGGAGAUGCUGAUUCUAGAAGCCUAAAAUCACUUUGUCCACAGGGGGCGCCAAAGUACACAGACAGAAAGUUCCUCACAGGAGCUUUAAUGUUAAACUAGACUUUUACCUGCUGAUAGGAGUCUGAUUUCAUCAUUUAAAUCCUUACACCACUUUAAUUAAUUGUCAGCAAACGAUUAACUAAAGAUGUUUAAAUAAUGGUAACAACCUUUAGCGUAUCAACCUUGAGAAAAACAUUAUGAAAUUCGUUGAUGUUCCUAGAAAACAAAUUAAGGUCUAUCAACAACAAAUAUUAUGAACACACUUAACCUGCCCUCUGUCUCUAACGACACCAUUUAUUAAAAUAACAGACAGAUGAUUAACUCUUUGUGUGUUUAGGGGACGACCUUAAGUGUCCUCCGAGAGUGUUUCUCUAAUAAAUGGACAGAUCAACUCACUAACUCUAACUCUUUCCAUGGUUUGGGGGGAAAUGGAAAAAAAAAUAUUGUGGGGGGAUGCAGAACCUAUUUCAAGGUGAUACCAAAGUAGUUUAUGAAGUAAAAUCCCACUGUGACCCCUCAGGGACUCUGUGGAAAUUGAAAAGUAGGUGGGGAGAGGAAAAUAGGAUUUUAAAAAGUGACCCUUAGACCCCGAGAAAGCUGACUUCCCUAAAGCAUCAUAUUAAUCAACCUUUUUUUGUCAGUGUUUUCUCUGUCUGAGAAAACAAACAAACAAACAAUGUAUUUAAACAUGUACGUCCUCAUAAUUUUGAGCUUCUUAAGCUAGUCUUUGCAGGAGAGGUGAAUGACAGAUGUGGAAUAAAGGAAAUAAUGUUUUUAUGUGUUUUCAGAUUUCCUGGUAAGACGCUGAAAGGAAAGAAGUACAAGCCUCUGUUCCAGUACUUCUCCAAGGUUUGUAGUCUUUGUGUUCUUGUUCUUGUACAUAUAACUUUCUUUAGCCUCAAAAUAAAGACCUCUCAUGUCUCACUUUAAUUACCUGUCGGACCACAAAUUGACAUCCAAGUUCACGGUCACUGAAUCUUGCUUGUGUACUCUCUCAAUGUCUUCGGCUAUUGCUCCUUCAAUAAGCCUUCUUCGCUCUCACUCUUGUCUUCCUCGUUUCUCUCCAGUGUGGGGAGAAAGGAGCGUUCCAGGUGGUGACUGAUAACUAUGUCAAGGAGGAGGAGGGUACAGGAGUGGUCCACCAGGCACCGUACUUUGGAGCUGUGAGUGUUAUCGUCUACUGUAACUGGUGUGUUGUACUUGUGUGUUUCGCUGCACUAGGUUCUUACAUGAAGCCAGUUAAAGGCAGGGUAAUUAGACUACCGUAUUUUCCGCACUAUAAGGCGCACCUAAAAACCUCCAAUUUUCUCAAAAGCUGACAGUGCGCCUUAUAAUCCGGUGCGCCUUAUAUAUGGACCAAUAUUGAGCCACAACAGGUCUCGCAACUACGGUAAGCAGCCGCCGACUUCAUUUUCCCCCGUAGAAGAAGAAGCGCGCGGUGCAUGCUGGGAUAUAUGACUGCGCGAGGCGUGCCGUUUCAUUUCUAUUUGUGUGUUUAUGUAAAGACCCCAAAAUGGCUCCUUAAACAGCUGUUUAUUCAUUUUGGGAGUGAACGGAGUUGUUAGAACGCUGGUUUGUAAUCUAUUAAUAAAGUUUGACUGACCUAUCUGACUGUUUUGUUGACAUUCCCUUUAGCGCAGCUCCAUCUAAUGGAUGCAUAACGUAACCCCAGCCUCCACUGUAGCGUCUUUUCUAUGCGCCUUAUAAUGCGGUGCGCCUUAUAUAUGAACAAAGUUUUAAAAUAGGCCAUUCAUUGAAGGUGCGCCUUAUAAUCCGGUGCGCCUUAUAGUGCGGAAAAUACGGUAUUUUUAGGCCUUCUCAGGAAUUUUCUAACUAUUCAAGUCAAACAGGAAAACAGAUAAACUCAUUUAAAAUGAGCGAAAAACUCAACAGUGGUAUAUUAUGCAGUUGUGGAGUUUAGAGGGAGGAUUUCAUUUUGGUGCUGUUUGAAACUUUGCAGUAAAAUUUGUCGAACCUUGAGUUGCAGUGUCCUUGCUCAUAGUUACUAACUGGCUUCUAUUUUCUUCAUCAUUAUAAGUAAAAUUUGUCCGUUACAUUCCCCAGCAUGCUUUAAAAAAAUCUCUCAAACAUUUAGUUAAAAAUGAUCAAUACAAAACCCAACAUUUGCAAAGCACCAGCAAGUUAGCUUUUGGUGGGAAAGUGUAUAAUUUAUACAGUAUUUUCAAAUGCUUAAGAACUCGGGUGUUUUACAUAAAGCAUUAAAAGCAUAAACACACAAAAUUUCUCACAUAUGAUGGAAGAAAAUGUACAAAAAUGUAAAUAUAUGAUGAUAGAAAUUAACUAAAGUUGAUCAGAAACUCAAGGCUGGUAGGUAGGACUCUUACGCUGACCAAGACUUUUAAAACAAGGACAAGACAAAGCUUGCUUUUCCUAUAUUUAGUUUUACACAGGUUUAAGUGUUCAGUGUUGGCUGAGAAAAUCGUAAAGGAAAGACAGUCAUCAUUGUUUGUCUUUGUCUAUACACAGUCUAUACCGCUGAUCCCGCUCCCUUCUGUCACUGUCACUUUGUCCCAGCCGCCUCUGCAGAGCUCAAAACACCCACCCGCCCUCCUCUCUCUUUAAUUAAAACAUUCUUUUCUUCUUGGGUGGUUUAAAACUGGAAAAGUUGGGUAAUGUACUUUUGAAACGCUGCUCCUGGUAAGCUUGAGUCACAGGGCUGCAGACGCUCAAACGCCUCAGAGUUCAGUCAGUAUAUCUGUGCCGAGUCCAAAUCCUGUGGAUGGCUUCUCUGUCACCCUCGAGUGAACAAGUGCAUCCAGCACUUAAGUCCUUGUUGUUUGUCUCAAUGCAUUUAUGUUCCUUUUCUGUAUUUGUUUAUGCUGUCUGAAUUUGCAGAGGCUUUUUAUUUUGACAGAGUGAUUAACAUGGUUUCAUCUGCAUGGUCCUUUGGGUGCCUCGGCUAUUUCACAUCCAGACUCUGUUUACUGGGGUUAACACAUAAGAUUUAAGUUUAUGUGCCCCACUCCUCAAGAAACGUUCAUUACAAACUUUUACAGCAAUAAAAUUAUUGAUAAUCACUGAUUUAUCUUGUUGCCAAGGGCUCGACAAUCCAACCAUUUCACUCACAUUUGCGACUAAAAAUAGAUAAAGUAGAUUGAUAAAAUAAAGUUAGUUUUAGGUUGGAUAUUGGACGGACAUUCACUGCAGAUCUACUGGUGUCUUCUCACUCUCCAUAACCGGGAAUGGCAACAGCAGCGUGGUUAAAUCUACUCUGCACCCUCGCUGUCAACGUCAGGUGUUGAAUAAGGGACCGUCAAUUAAUUACCGGUUGAUGUUUUAAAAAAAGGCUGUUUUCCUUCAAUAGCUUCCAUGUCAUGUAACCAAUUGAACUUAAAUUAAUUUCAAAUAAUAGUACUAAGGUCGGACAAUAAGACACACCUCUUUUUUUCCCUAAUUUGUCCUCUAAAAUUUUUGUGUUAAAUUCAAAGGCAACUUUGAGCAUUUUCUUCAAUAGCUUCCAAUGUCAUGUGACCAAUUAACCUUAAAAUUGAUUUCAAAUCUUCCAUUUUAUCAUGGAAAACACAUUAUUUGAUCAAUUUUCAUUGUGCCCUUAAAGUUCUUUGAGUGCUCCUUACUUUUUCAACUUAAGAGUGCAUGUGCUCCUUGUGAAAAAAAUUAGUGUCAAGCCUUGUUGCCAAAUCUUGAAGACCCAUAUGGGUAAAACUAUUUUUCAAGGAUCUACUCUUGAAUUACUUCAAAUGAUUGUUUCCGAUUAAUAAAGAAGGAUGUUUUUUUUUAAUCAUCCACUUCUCUAAAAUGAUUUUAGUUGUAACGGGUGUCAAUAUUUUUGUGUAUUAAGAAGUACUGAGGAGUAUUCAUGGAGUAUUUGUGCAUGAAACUGUGGUAUCAAUAUACCCCCACUGUUACAAGGCCGGUGUUGAAGUGCUAUCAGACCUAUUGGAUCAUCGCUAAUGGGCUAGAUGCCUUUGUCAAGGGCAGAUGGAUACCCCUGUGGUUGUAGCCAGCUGUAGAUACACACUCAGACCUUCCUCUUUCUUAGCUCUCUCCUCAGCUCUCUCAGCCUUUACAGGGCCCCUAAGUAAACCAUUCACAUCAAUACUUCACCUACAUUUACAUUCAGAUGUUACUUUCAAGUUUGUUUACACGUCUAUUAUUUAGUGAUCACAUGGAUUAGUUGGUCGAGGACAUACUCUGAAGAUUUACAGUGAGGAAAAACAUGUCACAGACCCACAUUUUUCACAUUUUAUGUUGUUAUGACUAGAUGUGAAAUGACCCCGUGAGUCAUCCAUCUUGGAUCUUGACAGGGUGCUUGAAUACAAAAUACAUUUACGGCUGGACAGCACUCAGAUCUUUCAUGCAUAGAUGCCACAUACCAGCAGUGCUUGUUUCAACUCUGCAAAAAGUAUCCAGCACAACAUGGAAUUUAAUAUGGAGUCAUAACAUAUCUUCAAACUGGUGACAGUGGCUGCCAAAGAGCUGAGAUAACUACUCAUUUCUUAAUACAUUGUCCUCUGUAUGGAGGAUGAAUGGAUCAGUUUAUUGAGAAAGUUAAUUAGACUUAAUAAAUGUUGAAAGAGUUUUUAUCAUGAUCUGUAUGAAAUAUGUUUUUAAGUCUGUGAUAUCAUACAUUAGUUUGCGAGGAAGCCUUACAAUGAUCAUGUUGAAAAUGCUGACUUAACUCGCCUUUUUAUCAAUCUAACCAGAGGCAGAGAGGUUAUCCUGAGGACAGCCUCUAGCUUGUAAGCAAAUAGCUGCAGCACACCUGCCAGUUAAAUCUGCCUCUAGCCUUAAAUAUAUGAAAAUACAGCAGCUGUUAAAAAAACAUCCAGAAAUCAUCUCCUGUUGAGAUAUAAAAUGAUAUUCGAAUAUAUCAAAAUGUGCGUUUUCACUGUACUUUUUCAGCAAACCUAAUGACUCAAUCCCAUUUCUCAUUCUUACUCUUCCUGUUGUUUUGGUGUGCCCCUCUGUCCUUCAGAGCAGAGUUAAAAGGGUCACGUUGAACUCUUCGACAAAAAGGGACAAACCUUCAAGACUCUGUUACACCAUCUGAUAAAUCAAUAAAGUGAUGUUAGCUUGCCAGCUAGUUACAGGUACAUCAUUCAUCAAUAGGGGUGUGACUUUUCAAAUCAAUAAAUAUCGGACAAGACACAGUGAUGUUUGAAUCCAUUUCACCCUGUCCCUCCAUCACAUAGGUACUGAACAUUUAUAUCACAAAUUUUUAUGAUUUUAUGAAUGGUAGCAAAACAAAAACAAGCUCGAUAAGACUCAAAGUGGAAGGCUUUGAUCUUGAGAGCCAAUGCAGUCAUGCAAAAAAACGCUGUUCCCAAGUGUCUGCUUGAGGCUAGCUGCAGAAGCACCAGAAACCACACACGCACUAAUUCAAAAAAGCCAAUUUAGACAUAUAAAGAAGAAUAGUUUGGUCUGAAUGACUCAGGGAUCUCACAGUGCAUCUGAUUUGAAGAUAUUAAGAUUGUGAGUGUGGCGAAUCAUAAACUCGACUAACUUGCCUAACAAACGGGCACCAUGUAACAGUUUGCAAGGAGGCUGAAGGCCCAGCUUUAGUGGAUUUAAGUGAAGACUUGAACUUCUAAUAAAAAUGAUAUCCCUAGUCAGUAGGGGUGGGAAUCACCAGUGGCCCUACAAUAUGAUAUUAUCACAAUACUUGGGCCAUGAUACAAUAUUGCAAUUUUUAACAUUUUGCAAUACAGUGAGUAUUGUGAUACAAUAUAUUGUGAUUUAUACAAUUUUUUCAACUGUUAAGCUAAUUAAGCAUUUGGCUUUCCUUUAUGUUUGUCUUAUUUACACAGUGUUUUAUUUUCAUGUAGCUCAUCUUGCAAACCUUAUAUGUUUGUUGGACUAACAUUCUCCUGCUCUAUGAUGUCACCUCUGCCAACCUCACUGGACAAACAGUUGAUUUUAUUUUUCUAUUAUGAUAGAUUUGACUUCAUAAUAGCAAUUAAUUUGAAAAAUGGAUACUUGUCAAUGAGACGAUACGAUAUAUCACCAGUCAAAAUAUUGCGAUACUAAGCUGUAUCGAUUCUUUUCUCCUACCCCUACUAAUCAGCACUCUUGUGAUCUUUUUUGGACUAUAAUAGUCUUAAACAACAUUAAACUAAGAUAAUCUUAUGGCUAUCAUAAUUUCCAAAUCAGGCCACAAAUGGACACUCAAGGAAUUACAGCUUUUUGCACUUGCUUACAAAUUUCAUUUUUCAGUACUGGAGGUUACAGCUGAAGGUUACCAACUGAAGUCAUAUGCCUCCAUGCAUGGCUUUUAAUAAUGAGUACAACCGCUAAUCAGUCUCAGCUUCGAUUAGACUAAUUAUUGUUUUUUACUUUAUUCCAUUAAUCAACAAACUGUCCCAAUCCUAGUGCGAUGUUUCUGUUUUCUUUUAUAAUAAGUUGUUUACGAAUUAACAUAAAUUGGAUUAUACAAAAUCCUUCACCCGCUAAACCUCUUAAACUGUUUGUUAUUCUCUCUGUAGGAUGAUUACAGGGUGUGCACAGAAUUCAACAUCAUCCAGAGGGACCAGGCUCCUAUCUGCCCUGUGGACGCCUCGGGCUGCUUCACUUCAGAGGUCACUGACUUCUCAGGACAGUACGUCAAAGUGAGUGACACAUCAGACAUUUACAUGUAGAUUAGGUAAGCAGACAUUUCAGGCUCUUCAUCUGGUGUAGAAAGCCGCUGGCUUGUUACAUGGGGUGAAUCCCUCAGUAGUAUUGAUAUGUGAGUUAUUUAUUCUCGUCUUCUGUGCACAUACUCUCUUUCUUUUUUCCCUUUUUCUGUCUUCCUCUCGAAUGCAUACCCUGGAGUAAUUUUUGCUCUUUAAUUCAAAGCAUUUUUGCUGAAACCUGCCCUUACUUCUACAUUAUACUUUUAGGAUGAAAUCAUUUGUUAACAAAAUAUAAUACAAAAGCUGAUUUUGUUGUGAUAGUGAUAGUGACAGGAAGCCUCAGAUACAGCCCAGAGUACUAGGACAAGAUUCAGUGAGUCUGUUGGUCCAUACACUUAUCUUUUGAUAAAUAAUGAACUUCUUUCAUCAUAAAUGUAUUUAUGUUAACCUUUAAAACUGUUGCAAGAACGCAAGCUACAGCUAGCAACUCUAGUUUUUAAAGGAGCAGGGAUGAAAUGAUUUCAGGUUUUGAAUUAUGUGAUGAUAGAAAACAACAAAAUGACAAAUGCUUCAUUUGUAAGAGUUUACCCAGUUUGUUCUCAUGUGCUGUCCCUUUUACUAAUGAAGUUUACUCCCUAGUUUAUUUUUCAGAUAAUAGGUAAUUUUAAAUCAUGUGUAAUCUUCCUCUGAAAUCAAACACACACUACUUCUGUGUAAGCUUAAUUUGUGUCAUUGUGCUGUUGCACUUUGGAUACACAAUGUUCACUUGACAUCCAAACUAACCAAAAUACUAUGGCAGAAGUAUCAUUUUCACUUUCUCUAAGUGGGUAUGGGACUGAAAAUAACUGACCUGCAGCAACACAAAGGUGUAAAAAAAGAAAAAAAAUUCAAAGCAAAACCUUUUGUCCAAAAAACCUGCAUCUAACACUAAUCAAGUGGAGGAGAGUAGGUUAACCUAAACAACAGGACUUAACAAACAGGAACAGAAUAUACCAGAUGGACAUUUCAAAAAGUAAACAAACAAACGAAACAAAAAAAAACAACACAUGAACUCCCGACUGAAUAUCACAUAUCACAUAUAGAUAAGAAAUAUUAAUGAAAAACAAAGCUGUAUAUUACAAAACAGACACAAAUCUAUUAGGGGUGUCCUGAUACAACUUUUUUACUUCUGAUAUGAUACCGAUAUUGUAGCCUUCAGUAUCAGCCGAUAUCGAUAUUGAUCCGAAAUUGGCGCAAACUUGUGCAUGACAAGUCUUUUUUGUACCUUAAAGAAAAAUGCUGCCACAUAGGCGACAUCACUCCUACUCCUCACUACUUUGUUAGUACCUUAGUACACACUGUUGUUGUGAUCAGGUGGGCUCUGCAUGCUGGAUCAGGGCGCUGCUAGUUAGAGGUGCUAGAUUGGAGUCUGGAAUGAACUGCUUGUAUCCGAUAUUUGUUUUUUGGCUGAUAUCAAUAUCGUAUCGGGACAGCCCUGAUAUCUGUGGUCCAAGACUUUUAUAUAAUUAUGUGGCAUCCUCAUUAAUGGUAGAGGCAAACAUGUCUAAGGAAAACACCUAAUGGAUAGUAAAUCAACUCCUCAGAACAAAGUUAUGUUUGACUCCUAAAAGCACUGACUGCCUUUUUAAAUUGUGAACAAAAAAAUGAUCUUUAGCAUUUGUUCUGUUCAUUUGUUUGUUCAAAGGGUUUAACCUCAGCCAUUUACAUAGCACUUACAUGAUACCUGCAUCCUGCUAGCCCUCUGCAGAUGUGAUUAAGAAGUUAUUAUUUUAAGCUCAUAUUAGUGUCAGACGGCACUCAGACUAAUGUUUUUGCUGUUUUGCAUAUUCUGGUAUUAAAGUGGGUAUUAGGGAAAUAAUAAAAAAACACAUAAGGAAAUUAAAUUUCAGAGCAUCCAUAAUACAUGAUACAUACAUAAUUUAGAUAUAUAAUUUAUUUUUUAUUAGGAGCAAAUAAAAACGUCAGUGUCAAAUCACUUUCACAAAGUUGUGUGGCAAACAUUCAGCUCGAGCAUGUCAUCAGUGUUAACCAGUGCACCGAGUGCCCUCUUCUCCUCCUCAUUAUCAUCCCCAGUGGAUAGUAAGUGAAAAAUAACAUGAUCUGAUCACUAUUUCACAUCCUGGCGUGAAGGCCAGGGAGUGGACUUGACCUGCCCGAGCACUAACAUUACAGCGUGAGUUAAUAAAGAGAAUGCAGCAUCAGUUCACUGAAGUCCUGUCAUAAUCCCCUUUUGAAAUAUGUUAAAACCGGGCGUGAGUUUCUAGGCAGUCCGAGACAUUCUUUAUAGCCGCAUAAAAACUUGGAUGUGAACUGAGGGCAUGACAGUCUUCACUCCAGCCACACACAAGGAAGUCGAGCGAGCAGCUUUUCCUCUGUAAUCGAAAAAGACAAGCCUCUACUUUAAUCAAUAUGAGAGCUGCAUCCUACACCCAGAAGAGCCUGCAGGUUAGCGGCUCAAACAGCAGGAUUAGGGUUCAGAGCCCCUCGCCUUCCCGAUGCCGUGGAUCCUCCUAUGACAGCCGUGGCCGCUCCGGUUAUCGUAGCACUGCUGUCGAGUUGGGCACAGAGCUCCACCAGCAACAUGCCAACGAAAAGGAGGAGAUGCAGGAGCUUAACGUCAAGUUCGCAGGUUACAUCGAGAAGGUCCAGGCGCUGGAGCAGAGGAACGCCGCCCUUCAAGCUGAGCUGAGUGCACUGCAGGGCCGUUACAAGGGAGGCCCCACGGGCAUUGGAGAAGAAUACGAGCUCAAGUUUAAGGAGUUGCGGGAGCUGAUUGAGACCCUGACUAAUGAGAAGGGUGCAGCUGACAUCGAGCGAGGCUACAUCGAGGAAGAGGUUGAAGUGUGGAGAUUAAAGCUGGAGGAAGAGCUGGCUCUCAAAGAAGAGGCAGAAAUGAUCCUGAGAGAGUUUCGCCAGGAUGUUGACAACGCUACACUUCAGAAAGCUGAGCUGGAGAAGCGCAUAGAGCAACUGGUGGCCGAGAUAGAGUUCCUCAAGAAGCUGCAUGAUGAAGAGGUGGCCGACAUCAUGAAGCAGAUCGAGGACUCAAAGAUAACAGCAGAGCUGGAUGGCGAUCGGCCCGACCUGGCUGCGUAUCUGCGCAACAUGCGUGCAGAAAUCGAAGCUGUCGCCGCCCGCAAUGUCCAGGAGGCUGAGAAGUGGUACAAGAGCAAGUUCGACACCCUCAAAGAGCACGCCGGCAAACACGAGGAGCAAAUGAAGACCAUGAAAGACGAGAUCGCCACCUUCCACAACCAAGUCACAGACCUGCAGAACCAGAUCGACGGGCUGAGAGCUCGUAACGCAGCCCUGGAGCAGCAGCUGGAGGAUAUGGAGAUAGCCCACAUGGAUAAGGUGGGAACCCUUGAGGGUGUCAUCGCUCAGCUGGAGGCCCAGCUCUGCGAAACCAAACUGGAGAUGACCAAGUAUCUACAAGACUACCAGGAACUGCUGCACAUUAAGCUCAAGCUGGAUGCGGAGAUCGCCACCUAUAGGAAGCUGCUGGAAGGGGAGGAGGUGCGGCUGGGGAUCUCAAAAGAUGCCUAAAAAGUCUGAAGGGUUGGAGACAACAACGGCAACAGGAGAAACAAGCAGAGAAGAGGAGACGAUCAGCUAAUUCUACUCCAGAGACUCGAGGUUCUUCCCCAUCUGUCCUUAAAUUCACCCUCUUUACUCCAAGGGCUGGGUAUUUAACAUUUAAUAUUCGAUAUUCAUGCUGUUGUAGCAUAGUGAUAGAAAACUGUCAUUCUCUAGAGUUUUUAGUAAUAAAAUUCAGAGAGUCUCGUGAGUAAAAGCCUUUCCAAAAAGUUUGAUUCAGUCAGAAAGAAUUUGAUCAGAAUUCUACCCUGGAAAAAAGAUUUGUUGUCAUGUUUCUGCAUGUGAAAGUCGUAGAUCCUCGGUGCCACUCAGUACUCAAAAAGUAAAAAGGUUUUAUACCCAGCCCAUUCCCACAUUUAUUAUCCUACCUGACCCAUUAUCCUUCCAUCUUUGCUCGCAAUGCUUGCUGUCAAAUUCGUCUUUCAUUUCGACAUCAUUUCAAAACAAUCUCCUGCUUCUCCCUUCGCCUUCCUCUAACCAUCUCAACCCUGUCACUCUCUGUCAUCCUCAUUUCCCCUCUGAUCUGGUUUUAUCACAGCCCUCAGGUCUCCUCUGUCAUACCCUUUUUCCUUUUACUCCUUUUCUUACAAAACUCCUUUUGAAGUCACCCUCCCUUUUCCCUGCCAAACCAAAACACACUGUUGUCUUUUAUUUGCCUUUCCAUUUUCUGUGAGACUGCCUCCAAAGAGCCAACUUUAGAAUAUCACCUUCUUUACUAACUGCAAAGACACGUUUUCUUUUUGUUUAAUCAACCCAAAUGAAAGCAGAAAAAUAUCAGGACUGUGACUAGUCUACAUUUCUCUUAAAUUAUCCCGACUGUUACGACAAGAGAGAGAGACAUGUCAUGACAAAUUAAACUAAUGUUGCCCAACUGUAACUUAAUAAAGAUUGAAGUGAGUGCAUACAAAUCAACGCAAUGAUUGUUUUUCUUUCACUUGUGAGUUUCCUGUCGUGUUUUUCUCACUGCUGUACUUUUUUAUCUCUCUGUCGUAUCUCUUUUCCCCUUUCUGCUCCCGGUCCACCUCUUUACUCCCUUUUUAAACUCGUUUUAAUUUACAAAAUCUGCUGAAAACAUUUCUGCCUGAGUCAGACCCAUAAAACGACAAUUAUUUCAGCACUUUGCUUGUUGCUGGAAGAAAUACUCAAUGUGCCACUGAGGAAUAAAAUCGCUCAGCCUCGGGCUUCUGUUCGCUUUGGAAUCGGUAACUCUGCUAAAUCCAUUACUCUUGGUGGCAAAGAGAUCCUAAAAGAGUCACAAACAUGUGUUAGUUACUCCGAAACAUGUCAAGUGUACCUUGUUUAUACUCAUUUCGCCAGGUGGUAAAAAGGGUUUCUUCAUCAAUGGGUUGGAGAGGCAGAUUCAAAGAGUCUCCAAAGCACAGGUGUUCUUUUCAUGUUUUUAAUGAGGCUGGGUCAGAGCAUAACAACGCUGACUGUGAGCUGAGGAAGUUGAAACUCUCCCUCUCUCUACAAAGAGGUCACGACCAACAGUCUGCCGCCAUGCACCUUUCAGAAAAUCCAUAUUUAUGAGCGGCAUGUGAACUUCACCAUUAGCUUGCUUCAGAGGGAGAUGAAAUAGGGUGAUGGGGUACGGGGCUGAUUGCAUGCGGGAUUGUUUGCCAUAAACAAUAAGCCGAAUGACCAAACAGGCUAUUUCUCUUUAACUAUACAGUGAAAUUUAUCACUGCUGUGAGAGGAGAUCGUGACCUUGGCUGUAUAUUCACCUUGUUUUUUUCUUAAAGGGUAGCAUAAAGCUGGGACGUGAUCUUGAGUUUUCCUAUCUGAAGGAGAGUAUUUUUGUUGUUGUAAGUCAUAGCUGAAGAUCCCAACCAUAGACUGUAUAUAGAAUGGACGCCGUCUGCCUCCUCGCUGGGUAGAGCCACCCAGAGAACAGCACCCUCGAGUGACGGGCUGCAGUAUAGGUCAUAGAUCUGUCCUCCUCAGCAAUCCCUAUAGAGCUGUGCACAAACUUUAGAAAUUAAUUACACAGAAUAUAUGUAACGCAGAAAUACCAAGAGCUUUUUAGCUUCAAAUCCGUAUACUAGCGGAAGGCGGAACCAAGUUGUCUGUAGUAUAUAAAGUCUAUGAUCCUACUAUAAUAUUAUCAUGCUACAGCUUCAGUCCGAAAUUGUAUAUAUUUAAUAGAUCAUACAUAUUAUUCAGUAGACAGUUUCCAUAAAAGGUAGGGUUUGACGAUGUGGAGGGAGCUUCUGUAUUAACAUGUCACACAUCUUUAAAAGCCAAUGUCACAACUUAACUAUCGUUGCUAGUCUUGUUACCACUUAUAGUUUCAGUUAGAUUGAGAUUGGCAAUUAUGACAUGCAUUCACCAGCUCUGCUGCUGCUAUUGCCUGGAUUGCAGGACAGGAUCUCAUCCCACUUUCCUAUCAGAGAGAAAAAGGGUCAGGCAGCAGCCCAUGGCCAUAAGAAAUGAAACUGAUGCUUAAGAUCUAAAAACUGCAGUUCCUUAAGUGUCCACUUGAGGCUGACUUCAAAAACACUGAAAGCGAAACACAAAAAAAGGUUAUUUAGAUAUUUAAGUUUUGUAAAAUUAAAGGCACAACUGACUUCACUGACAGGGUGGCACUUUGUAUCUUGUGAUGAGAAGCCCUGCCUCAAGUCCACCUCUUUUUCCUCAUGUUAGAUCGAAAUAAAAGUAAGGUUUGGUCAGAAUGGCCAACAUGGCGACUGCUGUAGAUAUGUAUCAGAUCUCUGCUUCAGAAACCAAUGGGGAUCGUCAUAUAUUAUACAAUCUACAGUCGGGCUCUCGUUCCUCCUCAGGCUGUUCCCACAUCUGUAAUGAGAACCACCUUUUUUUGCCACAGUGUAAUCAGGCAGAAGUGUAAAGUAAUGAGAUCCUCUUCGCUUCCACCCAGACUUGAUCAGUUUUGUUAUCGAGUUUAGACCAAUCGGAAUCAAUGAACACUGCAGGGAAACACCUAAACAUAAUCCCAUGUCAAAAAAUAAAUAUAGAUUUUGAGUGAACUGUUUUGAAUUUCACUCAUGAUGAAUAAUAUGAUGCCAUGGUAACAUCUUUUAGUAAUUAUACCACUCCGGUGCUUAAUUGAUAGCAGAAUGUAUAAUCAACAUUGGGCAUACACACACAUCCCAUAUUACCAGUAGCAGGAGUUAAUUUAUGCAGAUAUUUGUCAUGUAUGAAAAAAACAUUCUGGGCAGCCGCAUAAUCAGAACGAAUAUAUAGAAAAAAACAAGAUUUACUGCAUGAGAGAGUGUUGGUUUGGUAAAUGUAGGCACUGUUUGCAAGUCUUAUUUAAUAAUAACCUUAGUGAACAGAAAAUGAUGAAAUGCAAAACAGCCCAAGGUCAUACAGUACAGCAGAAUAAAAAUGUCCUUAGUGACAAAAUUGCUUAAAAACUCUGAUUCCACUUAAAAAUUUCUGAGGAUUUUUUCUUUUAUUUCCAUUUGAUAGAAAUUAAUGAAUGUGAAAUUUGAAUCAUAUGCAAACGUAAAAUCAAAUUCAGUUAUUUUAAUAUUGGCAGAAAACCUUGAACAUUGUACUGUUAUAUUUGCACAUCUGAUCAACCUGAGUAUUGCGUUCAUUAAACACAACUCUAAGAUUUAAUGUCUACUGUUUCUCUAAUCAUGUCCGCCAUCUUCUCUGUCUUAUUUCAGGAUGCUGACAAGAAUAUCAUCAAGUUGCUGAAGGAGAAAGGCCGACUGGUCAAUGCCAGCAGUUUCAAGCAUAGUUACCCCUUCUGCUGGAGGUGAGAUGUGUGAUCGUUAACAGUUUCUCUUUGUGUCUUUCACUGUUUAACCUAAAAGAAACUCUUGUUGAAUAACCCCACCUGCUGCAGAUCAGGGUUAAAGAUUAUAGAUGCCAGGCCUCAAAAAGUCGUACGUAUUUUCCCCUUCAACACAGGCUGCUUUAUGUGGUGGUAGAAGAAACAUUGCACCACAGAGAGUUCAGUCAAGUGUUUGAAAGCAGAGGUCUGAUGUCCCUCGGUGUUCAUGCCUCCCUGAGGAGUACCAGUGCAGGACAUCAAAUGAAGUGUUUGUGGUCUUUGCACUGAAUCAGCUCAUGAGAACAAUGUCAGCGCACAUACACAUAACCUCUCAAGGUCCCAUAACAUCACAUCCUAACCAACAGACAGUUGAAGACGCGCAGACACCUACUUUAUAAUUCACUCUCUGUCCUGGAGCAGCUGCAGGCUGACUUUGGAUGUAUUAAUUAAGUCGGUAAAAAAGCAGAGAUGUGCUCUUUGAGCCAGGAGAACACAUGGUGGUAGAGAUGAAACAGGCGUAAGCCAUGGUGAGGGCAGACGAGCUUAGGGUGGGCAAAGUAUACUGAGGAAAACCGCUUAACUGUGGUUAGGGUUCAAAGGUAAAAAGUUCAGCAGGAUUCAUGGAUUUCUACAAAUGAGGCCUCCAACCAGUAAAUAAACUCAUGAUUAUAAACGUAAUGAUGAAGUCAGCAGCCAAACAAGCACCUCAGGAGGUUAUGUGGAGCAAAAUAUUAAUGUCAGCAAUUAUAUGAAGAAAUGUGGUCAGUGUAUGUUUAUACCAUAUUUACCACAUUUGUCCAACAUGUUUGACAUCUUAAACCAGAUGUCUGCAGAAAUGAUGAUACAGGGAAGGACAGUUUGUGUUAAUUUUAGGGCCACUCUCAAUUGUAGCCCUCAGGUUUUGCGCGUUCACGUCAAGUGAAGGGGUGUCCCAAUUCUCUGUAAGGUUAAGGGUAAGGGGUACACAGACCUUGAAACGAAAUACUAACCAGGACUUCACUUGAUAGCAAGCAGGAAGAUUUUGAUAGUGAUGGCACUUAUAUUAGCUAUGCUUUGAAUGGGUUGCGUUUUAAAAUCGCACGUUUUGACGAGCCAACUAACAAAGCUAUAGCUAUUGAUAUAUAUAUUGAUAGGCAUGACGACGUAGCGAGAAUCGACGGGCGUCUCGCUUCUUAGGGGCAUGUUUUCACCCCUUCCCCUUGGCCCUCAAAACAAAGGGCCGGGUAGAAGUGGUAGACAAAGGGGUAAGACAAAGGCAAAGGGGAAGGAGCGACAUUUGGGAUUGGCCCUUAAUACAAGGGUUUUACAGUUAUUAAGCAAUCACUCUUAAUGGUUUGCACUAAUUUUAUGGCAGUAUAUGUAAAGAUGUUUUAUGAUUAUUGGAACACAGUUUUUAUGGAAGUUUAUCCAAUAGUUUGGGAGUAUUUUAGUUGGAAACCAUCGAUGUAGAUGAACAGAGAAACAGUGCCCCUCCCUAGUCUUUAAAUUGAAAGUAAAACCUUUAAAAAUAAAUCAUAAUUUUGCUCUUUAAAACAUUUCAUUUAAAUGUGUAUUGAUGUUUCAUGUUGUGUGCAAAUGUAUUUCUAGGUCAGACACGCCCCUCAUCUACAAAGCCGUCCCAAGCUGGUUUGUUCGUGUGGAGCACAUGGUGGAGAAGCUUCUGGACAACAAUGGAAAAUGCUACUGGUAAGAUUUAAAACAAGUGCUGCUUCGCUUAGUCUUCGCUCGGUGGGAGUGACAUGGUGGUCAUCUCACCAAACAAGUAGCUUUAAAUUACCCUCUAGGCACGAGCAGUAGCGGUGGCUGUCCCAGAACGAUUACUGCCGCCACUCUGCAGAACCACAUCAGGUGACUCAUUCUGGCUGUGGGCUUGUCCCUGCAGGAAAGCAAUGUAUCAAUGAGCACAUUAGGAGAAAUGGGCUUUAAAAAUGUAAGUUGUUGCAAGAAUUUUCCUAAUUUUUCAUUAAAUGGGGUCAAAAUCCUCAUCAAAGCAUUUUACUACGAUGCACGCGGGUACAUUAGCAUGAUGCUAAUUGUACCGGCAGAAUGUGGAGGAAAAAUUCCGCGUCAGCAUGAUGGCUUUGCUAAGUGGUAUUACCCCUGGUGCUCCCAGUGCUCUUUUCUGAGCCACAGUAGCUGCCUCUGGUAAUGGGACUGUCAAACUGAGAUGAAUUACUAGCCGCUAGGAGGGUGAGGACGCAUAGACACACAUGUUCAAACCCCACCUGCAGGAACACACACACACACACUGCUUUAAAGGUUGUAUUACUUAUCUGAGGGGUACUAUUAAAGCAUGUUAUACAGCAUUUUAGUGCAAGAAUGUUUGUUGAAGUUCCCUACAGUGUGUCAUUGCAUUAUUAUGGGUAGAAAACGGGCCUCAGUUUAUUUUUAGCUCUUUUAUGAUUUUAUAGCAGUUUAUGAACCUGUUACUUUGCCUUUUCAGGUCCUUUCAGUUCCAUAUACAGUGCCCAUUGUAAGUCAGUACACCCCCUAUUAAAAGUAAUGUAUUACCCAAUAUCUAGAUGAGCAAAAGUACGAUUUGACACGUUUGACAAAGCUGAGUUUAACAUAACAUUUUAUUUACCAUAAGAUGAAAAUAAUAGUGAUAUGGUGACUAAAAUUUAGCUUUGCUCCCAGAACUUUGAUCGGGGGUGUACUCAUUUUUGCUGAGCACUGUAUAAAGGUUUAAAAAAGAAAAACUAAAAAUUAGGGGAUCUCUUUUUCACUUUAUACUUAAAAAUUACUUCAGUAUCAAAACAUAUUGAUUUCCUGUCGACCUAUAAAUAGGGCUGGGUGAUAUGGCCUCAAAUCAAUACCAGGAUAACGAUAAAUGGACCAUAACUACUCCACAAGCUGCUCACCCCCUCCCACAUUAACUCCAUCUACUUCUGCCGCCACUCCAGCUGCAACAACUUUUGAACCGUCCUCCUUCUCCUGGAUGGGGUGGAGUCACGUCUCAGACAUAGGACAGCGUCUUAAAGGGACAUAGCCUACAUACACACAUCCAAAACCAACUUUUAUUUAUUUACUUUUUCGACACAGAAUUUAUUGACAUGUGCAAAAUAACGUUGGUUAUUGUCAUAAAUUUCUGUAUCGGUAAAUUUUCGGUUUAUCGCCCAGCCCUACCUAUAAAUCCAUUUAAGGCGUUUGUGGUUGGUUAAACAGUUAUGGUGACCACAUUUGCAUAAACUCUUCUUCUCCUUCUCCAUCUGUUUUAUUUAAGGAAUCACACAUAUGUCUGUAUCUCCUCUCUGUGCCUGUGUUGCUGAGAAGUGAGGGUGAUGAUCCUGAGCAGCUUUCUAAUUAAGUUUAUUCUCCAACCUAAUUAUUUAAUUUAUUUUCAAAGUAUUUUUUUUCUCUCAUUUUGAUUAGACUUUCACAUUUGAGUCGUGGUCCCAGGAAGAUUGUCUGUCUGCCAGUGAGAGUUGCCAGCUCAUCAGCAACUUAAAAAAAAAGACUCAAAUCCUUGCAGGGUUCAGUACCUCUAUAUAUCUGUCCAUGUUAGCUGAUGAGAGACUUAAGAGAAUCCUUCAGAAAGCAAAGUGCUGGUUACCAUAUUCUCAAAGUGAUUUGCUCAUUUUAUCUCUCUUUACUCUCAGGGUGCAGUGGGUAGACUCCGGCUGAGUAUCUGUUGAGAGAGUUCAGACUGAUUUCUCCAGAUGUCUGUCUGCUUGAAUAAAUUAAGGACGAAAUUAAUGAGCGUUCUCAAGGGGAGAAGGUUUUUUAAGCCCAAAGUGCAGCAGGCUUGGUCACUGGUGCAUGAAGUUUCACUUUUUGGUUGAAAGUGAGGAGGAAAUGUGGAGUUGAUAGAUUGGUCCUGAAAUGGCUCAGGGGCUGGAUGAGGCAAGAAUCUGGUAUUUUUUACUCCCCCUAAUUUGACUUCAUUAUUUUGUCCUUUAGUCAUUGCCAGGUCAUUAUUGGACCUUGAUUUCAGUCUUUUAAUUUCAAACUCAGUUUUAAGCUGAUGGUCGUAGAUAUAAAGAGCAGUAGCUAGAUGAAAUUAGUUCCUUAACAUGCCUGACAAACUGUUUCUAGCUUUCUUUUUUAAAUAUUUCAAGCUGGGUAAUUUUUAGAGUGGUCCUUAAAUAUUCACUCAGUAGCUGUGAACAUAAAAGUGCUAAAUGGCGGGGGAUAAAAUAGUGUCUCUCAGGCUUGCUUAACGGUUUAUGAUCCAUUUUAAAGGAAAUAAAGAAGGUUAUAGUUAAAUAAAGUUAACCUUAUUACGUUAGGUUAAAUAUUGUACACGCUCUCUUUACAAACUAAUGAGACAGUCAGGUUUACCUUCCUCACAAAUGUACGAACAGAUAAAAACAAACCGUGUUUAUAGUGGACACUUUAUCUGACAUCCUGGUUCCAUAAAAAGAAGAUUGAGAACAACAAGAAAUGAAAUUAAGGAUGUCAUUUCACUGUUUCUUCAUUUUCCCAUCUUUCCAUUUCCUCUACUUUUUUUCCUCCUAUUACACACACGCUCAGUAGGUCCCCUCCCUGACCACAACCUUUGUCUCUCCAUCUCCCUUUUAUAUCGGUCCCCAGCGUCUCUUGACUUUUAAUAGAAGCGUGUACAUAUUAAAGGCUCCACUCUGCGUCCUGAGCACAAGAUAGCACACUUUAAAGUCUACAUUUAGCAAGAAGCAGGAGAAGGGAGGGUGAUGGUGGAGGAGUGUUUGGGGGGAGGUGGCGAAAAAAAAAAUCAUUAAAUUGAUAUAUUAGGGGCCUAAAUAGAAAUGCCUCCUACAAAUGGGAAUUGAUGAACUCGUUGCUUAGCGCGUGGAUCCUGAAGACGAUUUAUACCCCUCCCUGCAAUGUUCUCCUGAGCAACACGGCCAGGCACAGCAAGAGAGAGGAGGACAGGGGAAAAAAUGAGAGGAAGAGGAAGUGAUCACGAGAUAGUGGAUAAGAGCUGGAGAUCAGUCGAGGCAAAAUAGAAAGAGAGGAGACAAGAAAAGGAGGUGCAAAGGAGGAAGAUGCCCUAAAGUGAAUGUUAACCUUUGCAGUAGAGCAGCAUGAGGAAAAAGGUGCAGUUUGUUUUUGGGUCUGCAUGAAGCGAAGCCAGCUCAGGAAGUGAACAGUUACAGUGUAAUUCACAAUAUAUUGUUGAAACAUGUCUUUACAUUAAACUAAUAUGGUAUCUUAGUAUUAUAUCCUUGUAUCGGUAAAAUCGAUUUAUUACAUUUACAAAGGAUGUUAGAUCGAUGUCGUCUGGAAGGCCAACUUGCUGAGCACAGAUCGAUGUACUUGGACCAUAGGAAUAUAAAUCGAUGAAUCGUUACUCCCCUAAAUAAAACUUUAUUUUUAUGUAAGUCGGGGUAAAACUUGGACUUGAACACUACAAAGUAGGGCUGAGCAACAUGGCCUCAAAUCAAUAUCACGAUAUAUUGAGCAGUUCACCUCGAUAACGAUAAAUGGAUGAUUAUUACUCCACAAGCUGCUCACCCCCUCCUACAUUUUACACCGUCCUCCAUCUUCUCACCUGUCUUUCCCUCUUUUUUACGGACUGGAUGAGGUGGAGUCACGUCUCUGAUGUAGGACAGUGUCUUAAAGGGACAUGAGACCAUAGCCUACCUACACACAUCCAAAACCAACUUUGAUUUAUUUAUUUUUUUGACAACAAAUAUACUGUUAUGUGCAAAAUGAUGUCGGUUAUUGUCUUAAAUUUUUGUAUCAGUAAAUUUUCGGUUUAUCGCUCAGCCCUACACUAAAAUAGUCUGAGCUAAAAUAAUCAGAUAAUUUUAACAUGGUAAACUUUGUGUCUCAUAUUCUGGACCAGGUAGUUGUAAUUCAGGAAAAAGGAAAUACAACUUGACAGUGCUGUAAGGAGCUGAUGGUAUAUGGUAGAAUAAUAAGGAUUUAAUGGAGGAUAUUGUUCCUCCUAAUCUAGAAGUAUUUUAUUUAAUUCCAUAUGACAGGAAAAAAAAUCUGAACAAACUGAAUCAGUGAAUGUGAAACCCACUCUUUACUUCUCAUAUGCACAUCUGUGACCAGAACACUCAUCGCCUCUCUCUCUCUGCAGGGUGCCCGAGUUUGUCCGUGAGAAACGUUUCGGGAACUGGCUGAGAGACGCACGAGACUGGGCGGUCUCCAGGAACCGUUACUGGGGCACACCGAUCCCGCUCUGGGUCAGCGACGACUUCGAGGAGGUCAGGAAAACAUGACACACAACAACAACAACAGUCUUGUUAUGCUUUAACAGGGUAGUUAAUGCUUCGUGUGCGUCUUUAUACUCAGCUGAGAUUACACAAUUUGUCUGUGUCACGACCAAAUACCAAGACAGUUACUCUUUUCUUCAGCGUUGGCAGCCCUCACAAAUCAAUCUGGGCUGAGCAUGAGAGGGCAUAAUUGAAAAGUUGAACUCUCCAUAACUCUCACUUUUAUUUACCAUAAAAAUGAAUUUAGAAAAAAAAGUCUUGUGUCUCUCUAAAGGAAGAUUAGUCUGCUGUGAGGGCUGAAGAGUUUCAUAAAUUGGCAGGGUGAAAUUUUCUCUCGCUGACCUCGUUUUGACUCUAAUAUAAUUUAGCAUAUCUGGCCCUUCUUUUGUGCGUGUGCGGGCUUGUGUAGGAGAGAGACUCUCUGGCAUGGCAGAGUGAUGUGACCGCAGAGUCAAACGAGAGAGUUGCGUGACUCCUUACUGCAGUGGAAGUCAGCUCCCCUCUGGCACAAUUACCAAGUGCCUCCGUAAACUCGGCACAUGAAUGAUUCAUUAAUGUAAACAGCAAAUAAAACACACACCGAAAUUUGUGUUUGGUUUCUCUUCAUGCCAGUUAAGGCAACUUCAAAAGGUCCUGAAGACAAACAGCUAACAGGGGGUGAAACGGAGGAAGACACGGAAAAUAAGAGGCAGAAGAGGAAAGGAAUAAAUUAGCUUGAGACGGAAAUGAAGAAGGGCGACACGUGAGAAGGAGGGAAACGAGAGAUGAAAAAAGGAAGGGGAGGAAAUAUAAGAGGAAAGGGACGGCGGCGAAAGAAGACAAAUAGUAAAUUUUUGUCUGUGUGUUGAUGUUCAUUUCCCAAAAAAAUAACAAGCCGAGGAUGGGAAGAAGACUGAACUGAAUAGACGUGUCAGAAUUAGGUUGUUGGAGCGUUUGAAAAAUGAAGCGGCGGUCCCCUGGCUGAAAGAGGGACAGCCAGCGACCUGCUUGCUGGAAAUAGCUUUGUGACUGUUUCCAGAGCACUUGCGCUCCCUGGUGCCUCCCCCACACAUCCCGCGGUGCCUGAUUCUCACACACACUCUCAAAACUAAAAAGCCAGGAGCAUGUGUGUUGAAUAUCUGUCGCCGUAAAGCUUUUACCUUUUUAGUAUCGCUUCUAUAUGUUGUACCUCUGUCCUCGUCCUUUUUUAGAUGCGUCUCUUUCGCGUCUUCAUCCAACCAUGAUGUAUCAGGCUCUAUCUGGGCCAUGUUACCUGGUGCUGUAGGAGAACUGGAGCAAAGCCUGCAGGUUAACUCUCUGAGGAGCCCAGAUAACACACUUUACAAUACUUUUUAGGGUGAACUUCUUCAGGAAGUAUGUUGAAACAGGCCUGGCAUCACAAGUUGUGUUGUAUCAACAUGAUUAUUGCAAUAAAAAUCAGGAUAACACCUUUGAAUUAGGAGGAAUUUACAACCACUAACUUCAAACCAGGCUAAGAUCAUUGGAUUUAAAGCUCCUGAACGAUGUCUUUCACUCGUAUUAGAGCAGACUAAAGUUCAUACUGAUGCCUCUUUAUCUUCUGCUGUUGGAAAUGAGAACAUAAAUGUAGAAGCUGACUAUCUCUACUUAUAGUAAAUCUUCAUGUCUGAUUUGGCUGCUGGGGGUAUGAGUCAGACCAAGUGGUUCACUGCUCAAACAGACUUCAUUUGACGUUUUCCUCAGCAAUGGUGCUGAAAGAGUGAUACAUUUGACGAUUAAAAGAAAGCCAGAUAAGGUUUUAGUCAAAACCAGUAUUUACGGCAUCAAAUCACCAAAGAGUCAUGACUAUACUUUGUCCACAGAGGGCGCCAAAUUUAACAUGAGCCUGAAGCCUUUUGCCGAAGCUUUGAAUUAUGUAAGGUUAAAGUUUCUGUAGGGAACCUUUAACUAUAUUUUAAAAAGUAUCUUGCUUCUCCUGAUAUAUCAGUGUCACCUGCAACAACAAAUGAGCCCAUGAAGAGGGAAGAUAAGAUAUUUCUAAAUAGUGUAACUCCUACUUUCAAAAUUCGUCAGUCGGGACUUCCCACUGACAAAAUGAUUUAUUGGACUUAGACAAGGACAUGAGAGGAGCAGUGAAUUGUUGCUAAGCUAGAUAGUAAAAAACAGAGCAAAAACAAAAAGCUACACAUGGCCGAUGAUGGGACGGGGUCCUCAAAAAGAAAACGAAGUAGAACAGAGGAACAAAAAAAGUGAAAAGGUAACGUGAUCGAGUGAGGGCAAAAACCAGGAUAAACAUUGGUAAUUCCUGCACGAGGUGGAGAGAGUUAUGGGGCUUGAAGGGAUACAAGUUGGAUCCUGAAUUUGCCCAAUUCCUCUUUGACAGAUAACGUAAGUUGCGCCAAGGAAAGCUGACAACUUUAUAUACUAAUCUACAGCCGAGUUAUCUAAUUCAUUUGUUGUAGGUUUACUGUUGCGAAUGGAAUGUAACUGUUAAAAAUAGGCUAAAAAUACAAGUCACCAUUAUACAACAUUACUUUGUUUCACCGGUGGCAUAUUAUACAAAUACAAAUACAUUACCCCAUCACUACAUAUCCUGCAGAUAACAAUAAAACCCCCCCAAAAAAUUUUAAGUACUUCUGAAACAACUAAACGCAAGACCAAAGACCUUGUGUCUUCAUGACAGUAGAGCUCAUGGGAAAUGCAGUCAUCAUUCCGGCAGAACACUAUGCCUUUCGUCCAUAGUGACCACCAAACGCAACAGAAAAUGAAAACUCUAUUCGGCAGCUUUUAAAAAAGAGGGGAUCCCAGAAUGAAAACUUUAUAAAACCUUGUAUGUUUAGAAAAAUAUGAAGCUUCUUUGCUUAGCUGACUAUUGGAAAAAGCUGGUGCCAAGUGAUGAUUUUAAGUUAUUUGUCUGCUCAGUUAGUAGUCAAAUGACUAAAAAGAAACAAAAUACAGAGGAAAAGCAGAGAAGAGCACUAAAUCCUAUUUUUGGUGAAGCUGAGCAAAUGUUGUUUUUGUGUGUGCUUCCUCCUCCAGGUGGUGUGUGUCGGCUCCAUGGCUGAACUCGAGGAGCUGUCCGGAGUCAAAGUAACUGAUCUGCAUCGUGAGAGGUGAGCCACUGAUCCACCGCCAAGAUUAUCAGCCAACAACCUGAACAUGAACUCAGCAGAGUGUGUCCGCUGCGAUAGAGUGUUACCGUCGAAUUUACACUCUUUUGAUGUGGAUGCUGCUUCUUCUUUUUUUUUUUUUUUUUGGGCCAUAUAUCACCUGCCCUCUGCCUCGUGAAUGUGACCGACCUGAACCAGACAGGUUGUUGAACAGGAAUCACUUCACUCUUGCGCUCUUCAUCAGCUCAUUAGCGUUAAUCACUUUCCUGGGUUGGGCCCUCUUAAAUGGACGAGGGGAAAAGGUUGUCUCUGCUCUGUUCCAGGAAAAGAUGGUGUUUGAAUCUCUAACCGCUUCAUAAACUGUUGUCACUAUGCAUUGCAUUACUAUGGCUCCCAGAGAUAAUCAUUUUGCCUAUAUUGUCAGAAAAAUAAUGUUUUAUAAAAAUCUCAUGCAUAACUCAAAGCAGAAAAAAACAUAUUAAACUACUAGAAAUGUGCUCAGCAGUGCACUUCUCUUUUUAGAAAAAUCCUCUCUUUCCUCGAUAGGCCCAGAAGCAGAGCUCUUAGGAGCAGCAGAGUGCUGCAGCAGAGCAGCUUUAGUGGCUGACAACAGAUUUUUAAAGGUGUAAUCUGUAGUUUAUGUGCCGGAGUGCUAAUAGCUCUAAAAAUAUGAAGCAGGUUGCGACCGGAAGGGAAGAGGCGGUAAAUUUCACUCAUACAGCUUUAUAUGAAUUUAUCACCUUUAUGUUUUUUUUUUGGUUUGUUUCUUAAAAUAGCACCAAGAAAGCAUAUAUAAGCAUGUAAUCCAGAUUUAGUGAGCAUUUUACACAGGCUGACAGUUCGUUACGACUACAUAACACAGGUUCAUUUUCUUGUCCGGGUUUUGUUUUUCCUCCACUGGAGUUACUUCAAUGAAAAAAACAAAAAGCAAUUUUGUUCCAGGGCUGAAUCUCAGUGUGUCGGUAUAUGAAGUAAAUUAAUCUUUAUAUCCUUGAAGCAUAAAGCAAUAACCAACCCUAUUCUGGUGGGUGUCAGCACAACACGAGCACGGCUGUUCUUUUCAAAACCUCGUUCACAGCGGUGAGAUGUUAUAAAACUGCUGGUUUGGGCUGCGGCCAAAAAGCAUAUAGAAGUCGAAAAAUCCCUGCAGCGGUGAUAAAACCUAAAGUUAAACAGAAGUGGUCAAAUUGUUAUUGCUGCCUUAUGUCUCAACUGUUUUCCUGUUAACUUUUUCUCGACCCAGCAUCGACAACCUGACCAUCCCAUCGCGGCGCGGUAAGGGCGUGCUGCGGCGGGUCACGGAGGUGUUCGACUGCUGGUUCGAGAGCGGCAGCAUGCCGUACGCCCAGGUCCACUACCCCUUUGAAAACAGGAAGGAAUUUGAGGACACCUUCCCUGCAGACUUCAUCGCUGAAGGCAUCGACCAGACGAGAGGAUGGUGAGCUGCGGAUGAAUGAUGAGAGGCUGACAGAUGAGAGAGAAAGUCAUCAUGACCUUCCCUUUCCAGUUUGAAUGACAGGAACAAAUAUGCACGACUUGACGGGCAGAUGAGUGUGUUUUUAUUUGCCCUUUUUUUUGUUGUUGUGCUUUUACUUCAUCCUACGUCAGCGAGUGACUAAACCGAGUGUUUCAGUCCAACUUGUUACCCUGACCUUUAUUUUUUGCGUGUGUCCUGCUGUAGGUUCUACACCCUGCUGGUGCUCUCCACAGCUCUGUUUGGCAAACCUCCCUUCAAAAAUGUCAUUGUUAACGGACUCGUACUCGCCAGGUGAGACCGCUGACUUUGCAGCGAAACUCCUCUUCUUCAUCUUUGUUUAAUUUGCAAAUAAAAGCCACUUUCUUUAAAGAUUAAGGCUAACAGUAAGUCUCCCCAAAUACUUUUAAAUCCCCACUCUCUCCGCCUGUUGCACUCAGCCCCAGGCCCAUAAAGCUGAUCUUUACUGGGCUCGGAUGCAGGAUCAAUUUGGGGGGAUUUUUAACUGCAAGAAAAAAACGGAUAUUGCCAACCUUAACCUGUCAGUCAGUUUCAAACGUUUUCCGAUUUUCUGUAGACCUCAUUUCCUCUUGUCUCUACAGAUUUCCCUUCAUUUUCAAAUUUUGUUUCUCCCUCUUCACCAGCUCUUUCAUUUAUGAUCUUUUCUCUCCAGCUUUUAAUGAUCAGUGUGCUGUAUGGACUGUAACAUUUAGCCCUCAGCGCUGCUCCACAAUAGGGCCACUUGUCUUCAGCCCCAGGGUCUAAAAGCAGCACUAUGCUCACAGGCCUACUGACCCGAACGGACUUGACUAAUUUGAAUACCAAGUGCUUGGUUUCUAACAUGCACUUUUGUGUUGUAAUGUGUGUGUAUGUGCAUUAAUGCCUCUGCCUGUCUCACUCCCGCAGCGAUGGACAGAAGAUGAGCAAGCGCAAGAAGAACUACCCGGAUCCAGGACUCAUAGUGCAGAACUAUGGCGCUGAUGCCCUCAGGUCAGCUUUGCGCUUGAAUGUGAACCAGCGUGUGUGUUUCUGAAGCAUGAACGUGUGUGUGUUUGUGUGUGUGCCGGUGGCAUGGAUCCGUGUGGUAACCCACCUUAUGUUAUUAGCAAGGAAGCAAUUUUAAAAGGUUUGAAUCGCUAUCCACGCUUAGCUAGGCAGCUCUUUUGUCCUACAUAGAGUGCACACACACAGUCACGCAUACUGUACAUACACAUGCAUUCACACCCCCACCCCUCUUACAUUCACUUCUUUGCCCUGAGCAGUGACAGUGCUCUGGCCAUAUGGUGUGAUGAAUAAAGCACUAUGCAGUUUCCCCAUAUGCUCACUAUAUAGACUGAUGAAGAGUGUGCUGCAGAGAUAAAGAGAAGGGAGACAUCUUGUUUUCCUUUAAAGCUUUGAUUCACUAUAGAGGAUGAGUCUCUUUUGUGUGUUCAAACUUUACUAACAGUGUCGCUGUUGCUGAACAGAGAGUUCUGUUUCUAUUUUGACUCCCAGUGCUCUCAUACGGAUUAAGUAACAACCCUCUGACAUCAUGUUGGCUCAUUUCAAGGUGCCAAAAACUAUUUGACUAACUGACGGGUGUGUGUAUUGUACAUUUUGUUAAAAAAUGUAUUUUAAGAGUCCCCGCUAUUAGAAACACUGUUGGUCUGUUGCAUGAAGUUGCAUCACGUAAGCCUGCUCCCCAAAUCAUCAUCAAACCCUUUAUAAAGAUGUCUGCACUCAGUAAUCUGUCGCCUGCCACUGGCUAUUAUAUCAUGGCUUGUUCAGAUUUUCAGUCUGUCACAUCGACAGUGAUUUUGUUCGGAUUUAAUAAAGAAGGAAAAAUUCUACUGACUCCAAUUUGUACUUCGAUGCUGGUAGUUAAAGAAACAGUUUGCUGAUCAUAAUGUAGGUGGACAUUAGGCUAAUUGGUAAACCUUAUUCAAUCCAAAUACAUUUGACAUCUGUGUAGCCUUGCAUUAGGAAACUGUGCUUGUUUCACAGUUUGCCUUUGAGGCUGUCGGAUAAGUGUCCUGUAUUAUGGAAUAGCACUUGACACUUGAGGGGCUGCAGGCCAAGCUCUCUCGCUCUGUGGCCAAAAGAAAAACUGAAUGUUAGAUAGAUGUAGAGAGAGAGACAGAAGUUUAGUUUGACACCACAUUGCAACAGUUGAGCAGUUAUUAUGGUUCCCUGGCGGAGAUAAGGAAAUCGUUUUUAACAGGGAUAAAAUGAGCAAAAACUACAAAUGUAAAAAAAAAAAGGAUUGGAGUUAGCUUCAUUUCUGCAUCUGAAUCGGUUUUGGUCCUCACUGUCCACAUAUUCCCCUCUUAUUCCUGCUGAUGAGACUAUUGUAGAUAAACAGCAAAUGUGGCAAUUGUAUUGUUAAAUAGGGCUGAACGGUUUUGGAAAAUAAUCUAAUUGUGAUUUUUUUCCUCAAUAUUGCGAUUUAAUAUGCUGUUAUUUUUUCAAGGUCCUCUUCUAAUGUAUUUUUCAACAAACAAAAACAAUAAAUCAAUUUGUAUUAUAGUAAACAAUAUGAGAUUGAUAUCAGAUUUAUUAAACAUGAAUCGUUCUUUCUGGCAAAUAUCAUUUUACACACACAGGCUGUGUUUUAUUGUAUCAAGGUGCAAUUGCAAAUGCUAUUAAUCAUUCAGCCCUACUGUUAAAUUAUAAAAAUUUAUAACUCAGUUUUAUUCAGAGCCAUAGUAUCAAAAGUAACAUAUAUCCAUCCUCCUAAAUGUGUUUUAAACUCUGUUGUUUCGGUUUCUUGUACUCUCCUGUACGCUGCACUGAGAGUCACUUUAGAGUAUGUAUUUGUAACUGGGGCAUCACUGCACAGAUCUGCAGAGCUGGUUCUGACUACUGUUUUGUUUUUGAAUCCGUCUUAAACACCAACACAUACUUGGUUUGACUCGACCUACUUACACAAACAGUAAACAGCUUCCCUCUCAUAUCUAUGAACAGAUUUUAGUCGUUACCUGUUCACCCACUUCACGCUCCGAAUCACUUUUUAUGCAUUCUACCGAACUCACUGGCUCCUCUCUCUCCUUUCUGUGCAGACUCUACCUCAUCAACUCUCCUGUGGUGAGAGCAGAGAACCUGCGUUUUAAAGAGGAGGGGGUGCGAGACGUGUUGAAGGAUGUCUUCCUGCCGUGGUAUAACGCGUACCGCUUCCUGGUGCAGAAUGUUCAAAGGUUACAGAAGGUACGUGUGUAAUGAACAGAAUAAAAGGUCAUUAUUGCAGCACUUACACAACGUUCCUUUAGUUUUUUCUACUUCUACAAACCACAGCACCGCUGUAUAGCAGUGUAGAAAUUUCUAAGCAAUUAUUGGAAGGCACGAAACAGUUGUUACCACACAUGCCCUAAUACAUUUCCCUCAUGCCUCCAUGUUUAUUGUUGGCUGGAGGACUUGAGUUUAAUUAAAACAAAAAAAGGAGCACAAAGCAUUUUUUUACACCAUUAUAUCUGCUUUGCUUGUGAAAAAUGAUCCAAUUUCACUGGUCUUGAAAUGCAUGUAGUUCCUGUUUUGUUUUUUCCUCACUUCACCCCAACAACCAUCAAAAAGACACUGUGAGCCCAUGUGAAAAGUAUCUGGUAAGGAUGGGAAUCACCAGUGGCCCCUCGAUACGAUAUUAGUACCUAGGCCACAAUACGAUAUUAUGACGAUACUUGGGCCACGAUACAGUAUUAUCAUGGUACUUGGGCCAUGAUACGAUGAUAUGACGAUACUUAGGCCAUGAUACGUUAUUAUCACGAUACUUGGGCCACGAUACAAUAUUAUCACAAUACUUAGGCCAUGAUAUAAUGAUAUCACGAUAUUUGGGCCACAAUACAAUAUUAUCAUGAUACUUGGGCCAUGAUAUGAUGAUAUCACGAUUCUUGGGCCAUGAUACGUUAUUGUCACGAUACCUGGGCCAUGAUACAAUAUUAUCACGAUACUUGGACCACGAUACGGUGAUAUCAAGAUACUUGGGCCACGAUACAAUAUUAUCACGAUACUUGGGCCGUGAUACGAUACUAUCACGAUAUUUGGGCCAUGAUACAAUAUUAUUGCGAUUUUUAACAUUUUGCAAUACAGUGAGUAUUGCGAUACAAUAUACUAGCUAAUUUAGUAUUUGGCUUUUCUUUGUCUUAUUUAUGCUGUAUUUCAUCUUCCUGUAGCACAUUUUGCAAACCUCAUAUACUGUGCAUUUGUUGUACUAACUUUCUCCUGCUCCAUCAGUUAAUUUGAAAAAUUGAUACUUGGUAAAUGAGACGAUACAAUAUAUCACCAAACAAAAUAUGACAAUAUGAUGCUGUAUCUGUUUUUUCUCCCACCCCAACUAACUGGGUUCACCUUUUAAAUAACUUUUUAAAUCACUUUUUCCCACUCAAAAGCAACAUUUAUUAGCCCACUCCUUGUCAUUUUCUGUAUUUUUAUUUCAUUUUAUUCUUUACUGUUUUUACUUUUAUCUUGCUGUUUCAUGCUGCUGUUGUUUUAUUUUUUAUUAUUUUUAUGAAGUGACCUUGAGUGCUCAGAAAGGCGCUUUUAAAUAAAAUGUAUUAUCAUAAAAAUAAUAGAAAUAAACACGUUAAAACAUGUUUAUUUGAAAAUGUUCCUGACAUCUAUUACACCUUCCAGGUAGCAGAAAAAGCUGCAGGUUUCCCGUGGCAUGAGUGUCUAAACUGCUGCAGAAGUAGCUGUUCCAGCCUGUAGAUGGCUCACAUCAGCAGUACUGAGCUUUCUCUGACCUUUUUUCUUGCUGCUUCACAACAGCAUCCCUCUUCUGCUUAUCAAAUCAAAUUGUUAGAGGACUUAAAAGAAACUCAAAUUGAUGCGUUCAUAACUUCACUUUGUGUGUGUUCUUGUAUGUUUUAUAUGUUAGGAGGAGGACACUCAAUUCCUGUACAAUGAAAACACAGCAAAGCAGAGUGACAACAUCAUGGACAAAUGGAUCCAGUCCUUCACACAGUCCCUCAUCCAGUUCUUCAAGGCUGAGAUGGAUGGUGAGGCACACAGACACUUUUCAAACUGAAUUUUAUCUGACUGAUAAGUUAAAAACUGCCUCUUAGCUCUUUAAUCCAUCAAAUCUGCAGUUCUUCUAUUCAACAUGAGUAAAGUGAAGUUUCCUCUCACAGGUUAUCGCCUGUACACGGUCGUGCCUCGCUUGGUCAAGUUUGUGGACAUGCUCACCAACUGGUAUGUCAGGACCAACAGACGCCGUCUGAAGGUGAGAUAACAAAUCUGAAUCAGUCAAGUCUUUGUGACAAAGGGUCCAAACCUCGAGAUCUGAUGAGUCAUAUAUGUAAUCGUAUACAUGAAGCGAAGACAACGCUCUUCACUUUUUAGGCCCUGUAUGUUUUCUGAUCGUAAGUGACUAAUUAGCGUAAUGAAAACAUUUUAGUCUCUCCUCAGAGCUAUCAGUUUGUGUAUCCCCCUCCUUGUCAACAUUUGGUUGUCAUGGAUUUGGUGAUAAAUACUCUGAUGUCUGCCGGGGCACUUUUAUCUUUUCACUGUUGCGAGGGGACUGACUGUAUUGAUGCAUGUGUGAACUUUUCAGGGAGAGAGUGGCACUGAGGACUGCCUGUGGGCGCUGGAAACCCUCUUCAGUGUUCUGUUUUCCAUGUGCAGGCUGAUGGUGAGUCAUACUGUUUCUGUGUGUGUAUGUGUGUGUGUGUGAGAGAGAGAGAGAAGUGAGAUUGUAUGGGGAGAAAUUCUUGUGGUGAGGUUUUGAUUUUGUAAAUGCAAAUAACAAAGAAAUAACGCCGGUAUGGAAGAGGUGAGAGUGUGUUUGUGUGUGUGUCUGUGUGUGUGUGUGUGUGUGUGCACACAUGGCUAUGAAUAAUGCAUAAGCAGUAGGAGUUUUUAUUUAUAACACAUUGAAGAUGUUUGCAUGUGAGGCGAGAGGCACGCUAAGAGCCAGUUAUCCUAACCCAGAUCAAUACAGAUCAGCUGUGAACCAUACAAAUUAAUUAGCCGAGGUUGAAAUGGAUGAGAAUCACAUUAGAAGUAACCUCUUUCUGGCACAAUCCAGUUUGAACUUUUGCACCAUCCGAGUGAGGGGAAGAAAAAAAAACAGCUGCAGUGAAAAAAUGUGUUUUGUAUGCUGAUUUUAUUUCUGCCUCUGACUUUUAGACCUCUUUGUCAGAAAAUGUAAAUGAACCAACAGCACAGAGUAUCGAAGAAGAAUCUCCUGCUCUUCGUUUCUCUUUCAUGUGGACUUGCUCUCUUUCCUCCUCUCCCCCCUCCAGGCUCCCUUCACACCUUUCAUUACAGAGAUGAUGUACCAAAAUCUGCGUCAUCUCAUCGACCCCGCCUCUGUGGAGGAGAAGGACAGCAGCAGCAUCCACUAUCUCAUGCUGCCACAUAUCAGGUUGGUUGAAAAAAAUUACUUGGAUUGAGCUAGGGCUGGGCGAUAAACCGAAAAUUUACAGAUACUGAAAUUUACGUCAAUAACUGACGUCAUUUUUUCCCAUAUCUGUAAAUUCAGUGUCAAAUAAAUAAAUAAAAGUUGGUUUUGGAUGUGUGUAGGUAGGCUGUGGUCUCAUAUCCCUUUAAGACGCUGUCCUAUGAGUUGGAGGAGCUGGAGCGUCAGCUGAAGUAGACAAAGUUAAUGUGGGAGGGGGUGAGCAGCUUGUGAAGUAGUUAUCAUCCAUUUAUUGUUAUCGAGGUGAACUGCUCAAUAUAUCGUGACAUUGAUUUGAGGCCAUAUUGCCCAGCCCUAGAUUGAGCUUAAAUUAUUGGGAAAGUGACCUUUUCAGUAAUUUGCAGUAAUUUACUGUACAUCCAGUUCUCAGUGGCACCCUGGGAGUCGUCUCAAUGCAUGCUGGUUAAAGAGGAUUAAUAGCUGAUCAAUUACCUGUCAGAUAUUAAAUAUAUCACGAGCAGUGGUGACACAUUCAUCAGGUCGAUUUAUUCUUUAAGAAAAGGAGAAAAUUCUUAGAUCCCAGAUUUCUUAAAUGUGAAUAUUUUCUGGUUUCUUUGCCCUUAAAUGACAAUAUGUUUGAGUUGUACUUAUCGACUACUUAUUCCUGCAUUUCUAGUGUUUUUUUAUAUCUGAUUCGCCUUUUUUUGAUCAAGACAGAAAAUAAUUACCAGAUACAGUAACCUUGUUUUCUUCCCUUCACAUUCAGUCUUUUUAAAAUUAUUUGUAAACAUCCAGGCUGGAAAACCAAAGUCAGAAAUCAAACAAACGUAAUAACGUAAAGACUGACUGCUGAUUUGCCAGACAGAUAAUUAAGGAAUUGUUUUAUUUUGAAAGGAAAUAAUACAAGCACCGGUAAAAACAAGCCAAGCUGCUAAUUUCCACGGUAAAGACAUCACUCUGGGUUCUGUACCACGUCUUGUUCAGUGACUCAUCAGAAGUGCAGACACUUUCUUCUACCGGUUUUCUGACCGAAUCAAAGAAACCGAGGUCAUCCUGUGUUAAAGCUGCUUCUCUUGCUACUCUGUCACCCCCACAGCUCAUGGAGAAAUCCCCCCUUGUGUUAGCCUUUCUUUUCCCACAGGAUAUUCACUGCUGAUCCACAGCCUAAUCAGUCUCAGCCAGAGUGCGUGGCCUUACUUUACCCCGACCGUAUCACACUCUGAACUCCUCAGAGGACCAGCUUUUGAGGCUCCAGAGCCCACAGUUGUUUCUAGAUAACUGUCCGGCUGGCUCUGUAGCAGCUCUUCUGUUGUUCGCCACUCUUUCUCUGUUCACUCCAUCUGUUUGCCGCCUCAUUGUCCGCUACGUUAUCAUCUUUUUUGCAUCAUCAGACUGAUCAAAUAUCCAUUUCUUUGUAUUAUUAGGAGUAUGAUUUUAUAGGAUUUAUUUCUUCUGCGGAUAAAGAUUAGUCUGGGAGUCGUUUCUGAGCUGAUUUUCUUUCUCUGCUCGAUGUUGUCAAAUGCAAAGCUCUUUGUUUCUGGCUGAUAAAAGUGAAUCACAGAUGAUACAUUCUCCACAGCAGCACAAACAACUGACAAUCGGGUCAUUUGAUAGGAGGAAAAAAAAAACACAGAAAUCCUUGUGUGCUGCCUCCCUGAAGUUCGCUGCUAAGUCAACCUGAACUAACCCUGUUUGCAUUUUCAGGAUAAAUCUGUUGUUGCUUUCCUUAGAGAGAGAUCAGAGUUUGCGCACUUUGAGCAGGGACUGUAAAAUACCCCCACACACACAGAACAGCUCAGUACCUGUCUUCAUAUUCACUCUUGCAGAUGGAAAUUGCUCAAAAACCACAAUCAUUGUAUUCACUUCACUUGAAUUACAUCAGUUAAAUGUUUGCCUUGGUGGCUGAUCAGUUUUGCAAUGCCUGGCAGGAAUUUCUAAUUGCCUAAACUUAAUUGCAUCAUCUUUAACUGUAAAAGAAAAAAAGAAAAAAGUUCUGACAUGAUUAAAUAUCCAUUUGAUUUAGGAAAGGAAAAUAGUGAGUGUAAUGGUUCAUAUAAUCUCCCCUGUCACUUAGGCGGCACUCGGUGCUGCUGCUUUAUUAGCGGCUUGUCCUUCCUGCUGUCCAAUGGGACUACUUCAGCCCCCUCCCAGAGGUCAGCCACCAAUCAGGCGGUGGGAACAGCUGCUCCUCAAUCAGCUCAUUAAAUGAUUGGCCGUCCCCUGUGUCCUCUUCUCUCUCAUUUUGCUCGGCGGUUGUGUGCACACAUUCAAAAGUAAAUGAUCAAGCCCGUAUACACACAACACACAUCCACACUUAGGGCUAAUAUCGCUAUUGUGCAUGAUUAUCAGCGGCUGUGCAGCGCUAAUUUGGAUUCAGAGGUAGAAGUCUCAGCGUACCUUAUUAGCGGAUGAUCUGUAGUUAAACUCUGGCACUGAUGGUUCUGAACUCUCUUUAUUUGAAAGUGUGGAAAUAACCUUGAAUCGUUGUAUUAUUCAUUUUCUUCAAUAUAGCAGCAGUUUGAAUUUAUAAACCACCAUUAACGAGAAAAUGCUGCAUGUGAGUUAUCACAGGGACCAACCUACUCCCUCUAACUGUGACCUGACAUUGUGCAGAAUACUGAAUGACGCCCCAAAGGAGACAAGUUGUUUUGAAAGAUGUUUCACUCAUGCUCCUACAUCCCAAUAUUAACAGACAGCAGCUCAAUCAGAGGGCGCUCUUUAUUCUUGCAAAAGGCUGAGAAAGUAGCGCAUAAAUAACAAAAUUCUUGAAGGUCAAAUGAUCGCAGUUUGACACGGUAAUGCUGCCUUUUUAUGUUAGGAUGAUACGGUUUGCCUUACAUGUGUUGUUUUAUUUUCUCUUUUUUUUAGGGAGGGUUUGAUUGACAAGCGCAUUGAGAGUGCUGUCUCCCAGAUGCAGUCUGUGAUUGAGCUGGGCAGAGUGAUCCGAGACAGAAAGACCCUGCCUGUCAAGGUGAAUCAUUACCCGAACCUAAUCCAUUAAUGCACUUCAGUAUGAGAGGUACAUUGAAUGAAAACAUGAGGACUCAUACUCAUUUUCCAGUAUUGGCUUGCUACAGAUGUGUCCAUGUCAACCGAUCGAAUAACAAGAAGUGGCUUUUAGGGGAAAUACAGCGAGAAAUACUACUGCUGGAAAACCUGUCACGAUCUGAUUGUUGUUGUUUUUUUAUUUAAAUAAAAUGUUCAAAGCACGUAAAAAAUUAUGUGACAGCUAUUCCAAAAGUUUGUUGGUUUAUGUUAGAGAAAGCAAACAAACCCUAUCACUUUAAACUUGUGUGUAAUUAUGAUUGGUCUGUUUCAAACUCAGCAGAAGUCAGUUUGGUAUUUUCAAUUCUAUUCAUUCAUCUCCUCUUCAUUUUGUAGACAGGUCCAUUGUGUACCGAGCUGUCUCUUCGAUUAUGAAAAAUAUUCCAGAGUUUUGGUUCUGGAGCUCUGGGCCAACUUUAAUGUUUGGUUGUGUUUGGUUGUAGUACCCACUGAAGGAGGUGGUAGUUAUUCACCAGGACCCCGAGGCUCUCAGAGACAUCCAGUCCCUGCAGAAAUACAUCCUGGAAGUAAGUCGACUUUUUUUUGUGUUUAUUUUACUUUCAGAUGGGGCGCAAUUAAUUCCAAAGAUCUGGUUCCACUAUUGAAAUCAGGGAUUUUCUAUCAUGAAUAGGUGACUCAUUUGGAUCAUAGAUACUCAUACAAGCAAAUAAGAGUUUUAAGACAUCUAUAGAAUAAAAUGUAUGGUGCUGAUUUUCAUCUGUUAGCAUUUGUCAGCCAGUUGUUUUGAAUUUGAAAUUAGUAACUUCAGUCAUGAUGUAGGAAACCACAAAUUAAGUAUUGAUUAAGUACACUCAGGUCACUUAUAGGGCUGCAUGAUUUUGGCCAAAAAUUAAAUCCCGUUUUUUUUCGGUUUUCGGUUUUCAAUUUUGAUUUUUUAUUCUGUGACAACUUCACCAAACUUCACUCUAAAUCUCUCAAAAUGAAACCACUGAAAACGAUGCCGUGCAUAUGCCAAGCCAGUAAGUUUUGCUGUAAUGCCGCAGAGGAAAAGCACAAAAGACAGAAGAAGAGUACAGAGCGCGUCCUGGAGGCGUGAGACACAACAGAGAGGAAAAUCGAUUUGACGAUUUUCAUUUUUUUAACAUCGUCAUAAUUAAAUAAUCCGAUUAUGAUUGAAAAACAAUUAAUCGUGCAGCCCUAGUCACCUUUAUCAAGUGGAAAACUAUAGAAAUUCUGAGUUGCCAAAAAACAGAGCUUGAUGAAGUGGCGUACCGCUAGAGCUUUGCUUCAAAGAGAGCUGCAUCUUCUGUCAUCUUUCAUUUAGGUGUCUCUCUAAUUUGAUUCUGCUUCACUGGCUUAAAUAAGAGCUAUUACGUAAAUAAAAUAAAGAGAGAUGUCCCCUGGAAGUUCUGUGACACUCCAAAUCUGGUUCGCUCACUUGAAAUGUAGCCGUACAACAGAGCGGCUGUUUGUAUCAUCAGCUCUAAUUGAAAUUUUACUGCCAGUUAAUUUGAAUAGAGGGUGGAGCGGAUGCCAUGGAAAAUCAUUUCCUGUUUGAUCCACUCGACCCUGAAACUCUUCAUCAAAUGCAGUUUAGACACAAGAGCAUUGUUUACUUUUCCUCUCCACACAUGGAAACAUUAUAUUCCCUAUUAUCUGCUUGUGCUCUGUGUAAUGCCUCAUUACUGUUAGCUCCAGACUCCCACACCAAUAGCCUGGUCGAUGGUUUUAUACACUAACACAUCCUGUGCUUUUGGCCAAAUAGGAACUAGGUGUUUGCUAUGUAACAUUUGUUUUCGCAGAGGUAACAUUAUUAAUGUAUGGUUGUGUCCCAGAUAGUGCUGAUUAUUCACAAAAGUUUGUCAGCUGUCCAGGAGAGUGGAAAAACAACUCUCCAGACGAUAAGCUAACUGUCACAGAACCUAGCAUAACCUUUCAGAACAGGAAACCAUUAAACUGACAUCAUCCCUUUUUUUGAUUUUCCACCAACAAAGUUCAAAGAGUCAAUGUUGUUCCCCGUCUGACUCGUUGAACCUCCUCAGCGUCUAAAAUAAGGCCGUUUUCCUCCUUUUGUACACUCAGCUGUGGGAAUGUUGCUACUUUUAUUCUCCUGAAGCUGUGCCAAAAUGUUUCCAAAAUGGUUGGAAAGUGACACACGAACGAAUUACUGAUGCAUCAUAAUUUUAAUAUAGAUUCAGGCUCGUGUUCUGAUAAGAUGCUGAUCCGGAAAUUUGACAGAGCAUUUGCAGACUAAGGCCCUUGUGGGAAAAGGGCUUCUGCUGCAGCCGUCUGUUGGAUCCUGCGAGCUGUAUCUUAGUUAAAACCUCGCCUUAUCUCUCUCUCUCUGUUUCAUUUCUGGCGGGGAAAACAUUUAACCUCGCAGGAUUAAAGCUUUCCUCCGGUAAACAAGGUUUAUUUGCUCAGAAUUUGAGAGCAGUCUGAGGUCCUUCUGCAACAGAGAGGAACCUUCAAACUGUCUUACAUCGUGUUUGCUGUCGUGUCAAUUAAGAUGAGCUUUUGAAAUACAAGGGGGAUUAAUCCUUCCCCAUUCUGCUCCCAUUUUCUCUUCAUUUUAUUUCAACUACAGUUAUUCCCUUUUUUCAUUGAAGUUUCUUUGACUGUGACUCAUAUGUGAUCCAAAUGAGCAGCUUCAGAGAGUUGCACAGUAAUUCAUUAAGUUCUGCCGUUCUGGGAUCUCGCCCUCUUCACACCUUUGUGCCAUGAAUAACAACGUCGCUGUUGUUACCGGCUGGCUUACUGACUGGUUGAUUUUAUGGCUGACUUGCUCUCUAGGUGAUUUAUAUUUUAAAAUCGGCCCUUUAUAGUGGUUUUUAGACACACAUAAUUUAGGUUUUUGAUUUGACUUCUACAGGAUGUAACAAAGCAUUGAGCUACAGGAUACAUACAGUAGAUCGUCGCUGUUCAAUGAAAAACGCGCAUCUCUACUUUUACCGAUCUGGACUUUUUCCAAUCCAUGCAUGGUCCAUAAUCUUCCCUAACAACCCGUAGCUUUGGGAAUCCAAAUGACUGAUGGAAAGACAUUUUAUAACAUCAUCUUUUUAACAAGUACUUCCAUUAGGCGUCGAAAGUGUCAACAAAGCCCGUAUUUCCCACCCUGGCUCUGUGUUGUCAUGACAGCAAACAGACUUUACACUGUGACAUAGGGCUGGGCAAUAUGGCCUCAAAUUAAUAUCACGUUACAUUGAGCAGUUCACAUCGAUAACGAUAAAUGGAUGUUUACUACUCCACAAGCUGCUCAUCCCCUCCCAAUUAACUUCGUCUACUUCAGUCGCUACAACUUUUGAACUGUCCUCCAUCUCCUCACCUGUCUUUCCCUCUUUGUUGUGGAGUGGAUGGGGCAGAGUCAUGGCUGUGAUGUAGGACAGUGUCUUACAGGGACAUGACACACAUUCAAAACAAACUUUUAUUUAUUUAUUUGUUUGACACCGAAUAUACCGAUAUGGGCAAAAUGACAUUGGUUAUUGAUGUAAAUUUCAGUAUCGCUAAAUUUUCUGUUUAUCGCCCAGCCCUACUGUGACAAACUCAUUACAAUUCAGGGUAAUGCUACACUAACAUCCUCACAUUAACUGAUGCUGACCUAAAACUUUGUUCUUAUCAUGACAGUGUUGCUUACCUAUACAUUAGAUUUCUUGAGCUGAAGUUCAUCACCAGAGGCAAAGCUGCUGCUGCUAUUUUCUCUCUCACCGUUGUGGACACUAGUGCAUGUUAAAUUGGGAGUCAUGUAGGAUAGCCCGCUAUCAAUAGUUUAUCAACAUAGUGGAACAUAAACAGGAUACUAGAAGCUCGUUAAUAACUGAACAUCAUUGGAGCGCAUUAUUAAAAAAAAGAAAAACACGAGCUCAUUCCUCGUCUCCUACAUGGUUAUCACAGUUAAGUAGUCAUUUGGUCCUCAUCCUUUUCAUUGCACCACUUUCAGCUAUAGUAGAUAAGCUGUUCAAGUCCACAGCAGCCUCAUAACAAUGAGCUGAAGCAGCAUAAUGUGUGACUUAAACAUUGAUUCUCAUGCUCACUAACCAGUCUUAAGACUCUGUCCUUGUGUUUACACCUCAGCCUGCUGCAGCAGCUUGUCUUUAAUUUCUGCCUGCAUGUCAGAUUUGCCUCUAGAGGUUAAACUAAAUUAAUGUUUUUGGGUCGCUUAAAUUUCCGCACUAUUACCAGGAGAUUUCCUCCUUGGGAUUUUUCUUUUGACAAAUUAUGUUUUUGCGUAACAUGAUUAAAAUAUGAGUUCAUUUCUGAAGAGGCUUAACUGUAGUACAGUUACACUUGUCCAGGUCAAUUUUCCCAUCUCUAUAAUAUUUGGUUCAGACUAGGGCUGGGCGAUAAAACGAUAAUGAUAAAUAUAAAAAAUGAAUUUCCCUCAAUAUUGAUAUGAUACAUGGUCAAUAUGCUUUUCAAUAGCAGUCCAUGAUUUGGUAAGACUUAAUGAAAAGCCAAUGAAAAUGGGAGUUGCUUUGGGUCCGUGCCGAGCUGAGCCAAUCAUGUGCUGAAUUAGAACCAAGUAGCAAACAACUGUGUAGUAGCAGGCUGCAACUACACGCAACCAUAGCACCUUAACAAGUGAAGCCGACAGCACUGUCGAUGAGAAAAAAGAAAAUGAGUGCUACCCCUGACAGAAAUGCAGAUAAAGACCCAACAGAUGAUGACAUCAUCGAAAACACUGGCAUGAAAACAUUGGUAGUGUGAAGUUGUUUUGGUUUUUUGAGGUCGGACAUGAAGCAGAGUAAUGUGCAGUACAUGUUCUUGCAAAGUCAGAGAAUACCUCAAAUCUUUUUUACCACCUGAAGCAGUGCCAUGCAGCAGAGCACGCGCAAUGUGAAAGUUUACAAGCCCUGAGCUGAGCAACUGCGAAGCAGCCCAUGGCGCCUGUGCAGCCGAAACAGCUGACCUUUCAGUCCGCUUGCGCUAGCGCAAUGUCUUACGACAAAACGUCGAAGAGACACAAAGACCUCACAGAUGCAGUAGCUUAUUGUAUCGCGACAGACAUGCUACCAAUAAGCACUGUUAAAUUUGAUUGAAGUAUAACAGGGAACAUUUAAGAUUGACAAGUGAUUUUUUUUUAAUAUUGUGAAAUAUAUCGAUAUCAACUGACAUGAAGAAGAUAUACCGUGAUAAACUUUUUCCCAUAUCGCCCAGCCCUAGUUCAGACAAUAGCAGCAUCCUCUUACAUGAUGUUUCUCAUCCUCAUUCUCCAGGAGCUGAAUGUGCGACAGUUGACGCUGUCCACAGACAAGGACAAGUACGGCAUCAGCCUGAGAGCGGAGCCUGACCACAUGGUGCUGGGCAAGAGACUAAAGGGGGCCUUCAAAGCUGUCACUGCCUCUAUCAAGGAGCUGACUAACACACAGCUCGAGUCCUUCCAGAAAACAGGUAAAUGCUGUGUUUUUGUGUGUGCAAAAAAUUAAAAAUCUCCCAUUUCUUGUCUCCUCAGCCAAAGACUCAACGAGCAAGCAACAAAUCUGUUAAUCAAAUGAUGAUUAGUUAUAAACGGUGGGUUAGUUUAUGCACACAACUACGUAACAUUUCAAAAUGAUAUAUAUUGAAGCUUAGAUUGGACUAGGAUUCCUUGCAAUCAGAGCACAGACUGACAGACAGAAGGUUUAUCCUCAUCCUGCAAACCCCAUCCCUCCUGAAACCAUAAUCAGAGCUCGAGUACGGAUCAAAGCAGUCCAAGGUAUCUUGUCCGUCCAAUUAUAGAAAGACGAGGAGAGCCCCCUGAAUCUCCAGGGAAGGAGGCAGUGGAGGUCAGCUGGGCUGUGGGAACUUAACAUUUUCAAUCACUUGGAUGUUUGAAGUCUGGCCAAUUGGAUGGAAAGAAAAAAAAAAAAAGGAAGACGAGCGAUGGAGGGAAAGAGAUAGAUGUGGUGGAGGAUGGUGAAAAAUUGAUGUAAGGAGGGAACACAGAGAUAAAAAUGUUUACAGCUGAACUGAGUGAGAUUCUUCUGACUGAUGAUCACAGGGGAGAUGUGAUGACGGAGAUGUUUGUGCAUAACCUGUUGUUAAAGCGCUGAAUUAUAAAAUGCUUCACCUGUCUAUUGAAGGGAAUAAAUCAACUCAGUAAAUAUGAGGCUUCAUCGAUCAGCCUGUCGAGUUAUUCCUGCAUAAAUGCUUCAUGUAGGAGAAAACGACUCCCUCUGGUCGGAAAACAACAUACGAUAAACCCUGGAAACUGUUUAAUGCUGAAAGAUGCUUCUCUUAAAAGUAAUAAGUCCUUGGCCAACUCUUCACUUUCACUCUACUUUUAACCUCUUGAUCAAUUUCCAGCAAAGUCUCCAUGACUCUCAAGACCUUGUUCCAAUUUAGACUUUGAGGGUGGCAAUUUGACCAGAAACCGACGGCGGUUUCAUGGCCUUUGGUUGAAUUGCUCAUUAUUUCUUACCUGUACCUUUUGAUCCCAUCAUUUUGACAGGGCGAAAAAAAGGGCGAAAAAGCAAAGAGAAGUGAAGAGGGACAGAGGAAAUCAAAGCAUGGAAAUCUAGGAUUAGAGAGAGAAAGAUGGAGCGACUGUUUCACCCAGCCUCUGGGCACGGAGAAGAGAAAAGGAAAGGAGAACUCGGUCAUGGUUUUUAGUCCGAACACAGACGUGGGUAAUUGCUCCCACUGGCAAAAAGAGAUAUAAUCCCUGACUAGAACGGGUUUGUUUAAUGUUUGAAUGCUCACAUCUUCGGUGAUUGUGGAUAGUUCAUAUUGAAUUGUGAGGAGUCUACAAAUGCAAACGAAUACUCGUCCAAACCCUUUCUGAGUCAAAACAAAGCCACAGCCUGCAUGUGUGUUAGGAGAGCACUUGAUUCAGUGUGGCACGGUGUAAUUAAAACCUUUUCAACAAUCAUUCCAAGAGAGCAAACUCCGCUGCAUAAAGACAAAUUUUUCACACCAUCAGUUGAUAGUUUGUUGAAAUCUAAUUAGAGAAGUUAAGGGGCAUAAAAAGUUUAGCGCCGCGUUUUUAUUAAAGCAUGUUUCCAGAACUGAUUAAAUCCUGACAUGCCCAAAUAAUCAUCUAUUUUUUCCGCGUCUACACAUUUUUAUCCUACGAUUUGUUUUCUUUAAUAAUCCUAUAAUCAUUUUGUUAAAUAUCUUCCUAUCAGCGAGACGUGGGGAUUGUUUUUGAUUUUCACUAAACUGACUGCAGCAGUAUUCUUCUCUAAUUAAAUGAUCAUUGCCCAAUUUAAGCGAUCUGCCAAAAUCGUUGCCGCUUACGAACACAUUCCUCGUUACGCCGUCGCCACGACUUCUAACCGACUUUGUAUUGUGACAUUUCUCAUGAAUUGAACACUUGAUUUCGUUUCUCUCAUGAUCGUUUCCAAGAAUAGGAAACCCCCCCCUUCCUCUGUGGUCACAAGCUCUUUUAAUGAGUAUAUAUUAUGUAUGGUUGGACUCAUUUUCAGGACCCCCCAGUGGUGGUCUGUUUGGACUGUAUAAUUUAUAGUCCGUCAGAGAUGGAGCCUGACGGUGCAGCAUCACAGCGGGGUCCCAUUGUUUGGCUUUCCGCUUGAACAGCAAAUUCACUCCGUCAGAGAUGUACACAAAUUAAUUUUAAUGACUGAUGAAUGUUACGCUGUUGUUUAUUUGUUUUAAUAACGCAGCUGCGGUUCUUAUAUUAUUGUUGAUUUGAAGGAUCCAUCACGGUGGACGGCCAUGAGCUCCAUGAGGAGGACCUGAGACUGAUGUACACCUUCAACCAGAGCUCUGGUUCAGCUGCACAGUAUGAAGCACACUCCGAUGCACAGGUAUUCACAAGCUUUUCCUGCCUUUGUAUGAGGAUUAAACACUCUGCAAGAAAACUGGGUGAAGAUUUGAGUCUUAAUUUUCUCUGGAAGAAUUGAAACUCCCUUUUCUGAAUUACAGAAUAAAGUGUGUUGCUAUUGCAGGCCAGUAUGGGGCUCCUCCACUCAGGACUUCCUCUAGGCAGCUUAAGAAUAGAUUUGAGUUGGCUGCAAAAAAAAUAUUAUUCCAUUUUCAUCUUUGGAUCUAAUGUGCACUCUGCAGAGGUUUAGUAAAGUGUCUUUUGCCCAUUUCUGUUAGAGAGCAAUCGCUGCUAGACAAGAAGUCGGCUGCUGUAAAGAUGGAUUUUUUUGUGGCUUCAAAAACAACAUCAUAACAGAAUCACAGUCUCACUUUCUUGUAUCUAUAAAGGAUACAUUUACCUUCCUCUAGCAGCCAUUUAGCAAUAAAUGGAGUUUGGUUAAAAGCUGCAUCAGGGAAGGAAUUAGUUUGCCUCAACAUUUUUAAACCAGUACUCUCAAAGCUCUAUAUCUUGCCUUUUACAACUUUGCAUAAGCAAAAAUGCAGCAUACAGGGUAUCUGCGGGGUCUUAAAAAGUCUGAAAACAUCUAAAAUCCAAUAAUUUGAUUUUAAGGCCUUAAAAUGUCUAAAAUUCUCCUAAAAUCUCAUAAAAAUGUCCUCAAUACGAUUUUGAAAGGUCUUUAAAAUGUAUUAACUACUUACGAAUAAAUAACGUGCCAUGGAUUGAUUUGAAGUACCGUAUUUUUCAGACUAUAAGGCACACCUAAAAUCCUUAAAUUUUCUCAAAAAUUGACAAUGGGCCUUAUAAUCCAGCACGCCUUAUGUAUGAUCACUUUUGUGCUUACUGACCGAUCAAUGCGCUCAAAAAUCUGUCAAAAUGUGUAAGUACGACUUUGGUAAGCAACAAAGCCACUCUGCUCAAUGGAUAUUCGUACUAUUACGGUACGCUGUGUCACUACCCUGUAACAGGACCCCUGAGCAGUCUACAAGACUGCCUGACUGUAAUAUAUAAACUAGAAGUGCAUUCAUGUAAGGGAGCCCGGGCCCGGAGUACGUGCUAGCAACAAUAAACCAAUCAAUGCUUAAUGCACCUUACAAUUCAGUGCACCUUUUAUGUGGACAAAGACAUGUUAAUUCACAGUGCGCCAUAUAAUCUGGUGCGCCUUAUGACCUAAAAAUACGGUAAUGUAAAAGGUUCAGAUUUCCCUUCAUGCCUUAUUCUUUUACUUGCCUGUAUGGAUGUUAAAUGGAUCUCAAAUUGUAUUCAUUACGGUCUUUAAAAAGUCUUAAGCAGUCUUGAAUUUGUCUGGUUGAGAACUGAUGAGACCCUGUUGUAGUUUUAAAGGACUUUAUAUCUAUCUUACUUUUUCAUGCACUUAAGCAACAACUCCCGAGAGGGUUACAAGACAACCUGUCAAGACUUGAGCCCAGUCUAGAGAUAUUCCAGUCGCAGUGCUACGCUUAGCCGAUCAGCUGCUAGCUAUAUGAAACACAUUAAAGGGUAUAGCAGUACCUCAGUCCCAUGCAUGUCCUGUUCUCCCCACUCUCAUGUUGUACUGCCACAUCAGAAAUUGCGUUCAUCUAGAUUGAGCUACAAAGUGUAAUGCAACCAGACCUAAAGAGGAAAAAAAAAAUCUCUUCUGCACAAAGCUGCCAUAUACUGUAAACGCAUUUAUGUGUCUUAACUGUGAGUGUGAUGUAUGAAAUCAUUUCACGGCUAAGUGGAGACCAGCAUGUAUGUGUUUCCCAGAGGCCCUCUCCAAUCAGUGCUCCUCCAAGCGUAUACACACCACACGGCUGCACCUUAAUACCAGUUUACUGAGCUGGCUUUUUAAUUCUCUCACUUGCUGUCGUUGGCUCUCUCGCUCCGACUCCCCUGCACCCAUCUGCCUGUCUCUUUCUCUGUUUUCUCGCUUUCCUCCUCACUGUUUGCUUUUGCACUUUUCUCUGUCACCCUGUCAUCUCUUUCCUUCCUUCUUCUCUUUGUUAAGUGUUCAGGACUGGUUAAAGUUCUGUCUCACUCUAAAUGACAUUUACUUUAGUACGUUUUAGUUAGGGCUGGGCGAUCAACCAAAAACUUACAGAUACCGAAAUUUACGACAGUAACUGACGUCAUUUUGCCCAUGUCAAUAUAUUAUUAAUAUAAGUUGGUUUUGGAUGUGUGUAGGUAGGCUAUGGUCUCAUGUCCCUUUAACACGCUGUCAGAGACGUGACUCCCCCCCAUCCAGUCCGUAACAAAGAGGGAAAGACAGGUGAGGAGAUGGAGGACGGUUCAAAAGUUGUAGCAGCUGGAGUAGAUGAAGUUAAUGUGGGAGGGGGUGAGCAGCUUGUGGAGUAGUUAUUGUCCAUUUAUCAUUAUCGAGGUGAACUGCUCAAUGUAUUGUGAAAUUGAUUUGAAGCUAUAUCGCCCAGCCCUAUGUCACAGUGUAGAGUCUGUUUGCUGACAUGACAAACACAGGGCCAGGGCAGGAGAUAUGGGCUUUGUUGACACUUCCAACACCCAACUUGUUGAAAAGCUGAUGUUAUAAAAUGUCUUUCCAUCGUUCAUUUGGAUUCCACAAAUAAACACAGCUUGCUUAUUCGUCUUUAUUUCCUAUCUAAAGGUUUUUAUUGUCUGGAGAUUGAAGCUCAAAGUGUUUAAGAUGUAUGAUAUGUAUCCUACCAAUGCACGCUGCUAGAACUCUUGGGUGAACUCGCUCUGAUUAUUCGUAAAUAUGCCGCUUUCUUACAGUAGCAGGAAUGUAUUUUUUAAUUUUUAACUGCACUACUGUAGCCAAAGUCAACAAGUCGUCUCUUAUCUGAUGUGUCAAUAAUACUUAAGUGAUGGAUUUAAAAGGGAAAACAUUUCUAAAUUGUUUAAAAGUCAGAGGAGAGUAUACUCAGAAUAGAAAUCACAGAUUAGACUUCAGGAAGACAUAAUCCCCUUGUUCAAAUACUCAUUUGGUUUAAUCUAUUUGAUACAGCAGAUUACAAAAAAAGUACUUAACCUUUAAAUAUUUUGAAUAUUAUAAAAGAAUUACAGUGUUUUGUUAUUUUGAGGUCUAAGCAACUCUUGAUGUCUAUCACUCCUUCUUUGUAUAAGUCAAAGAAAAAAACUCAGUGUCAAUAAAUCAAAAAAAAAAAAAGAAAAACCUGUUCAAAAAUGUAACUGAACAAAGAGUGUCUUUCUUUUAUUAAAUCAAAUUCUCCUUUCCUCGAUUGUCUCUGUCAUCCUUCAGGUCCUUGUGCUGCUCGAUGUCACCCCAGACCAGUCCAUGCUGGAUGAGGGCGUCGCCCGAGAGGUCAUCAACCGUAUUCAGAAACUACGCAAGAAGGUGGGGCGAUUAUUUUCGGAGCACUACUACAUCAGGAAAAAAGAGUGACACAUAACACUCCAUUAAUACAUUUUACAAUCCAGUGUUUAGUGAUUAGAUAAGGACGUUUUUGAAACUGUUUGCCAACACAAGUAAUCAAGGCUGUGACAGUAUGAUUAAAGUGUGCUGCAGAGGCGGUCUGGUCCUGGUAGAGAAACACAGCAGUUGCACACAGAGUGUACACAUGACGGUUUUGCAGUGAAAGAACAGACUGAAUAAGUCGUUUUUGGAGUGCUACAGCCGACUGAAAAACUCACUCAGAAUUAAGUGAGGUACUUUUAAAGAAGACUAAAACAGUCGUCACAUUUCCUCCUGAUAGAGUAAUGAGCUCCUGCAGGCUUUGUGGAAUUAAAAACAAAGGAAUCAACCAAAAAACUGAUCUGUAGAUCAACAAUAAUGAACACAUAUUUUUAUAAAAUGCUCCAUGACUUUGUAUCAAAGCAAAGAAAUGAAGAGUUCACUUCAAAUGUUUCCUUAAAUCAGCAUCUCAGCAUAAAACAACAACAAUAAAGCUCAUUCUGUUCAUAUUUGGCUCACUAAAAAAGGUUCCCUUCAAACCUCUCAGGAUCACUUGACAAGAAUGAGGUAAAAUAAAUAAAUAAAUAAACAAACAGUGUAGAAAAUAGAUAGUUUAAAUAACAACAUAACGUCAUCAUGGAAAGGAUUUGUGUGACCCUCUGUAGUGCCCUCAGUACGGUGGCCCUGAGGUGCAAAUCAGAAAACACAACACUAAAAGAGAAAACACAACAGCAAAUAAGAAAACUCAAUGGUUAAUGUUGUUGUGUUUUCUCUUUUUGUGUUGUGUUUUCUGAUUUGCCGUUGUGUUUUGCACCUUAGGGCCACCGUAAAAACAGGGCAGUACAGUAUUGCCAUCCUCGAGGAAGGGAACCAGCUCCCUCUGUUGAAUCAAGUACCUCAUUAUGAGUGGAAAAACACAAUUACACAAACGCAUGAAAAGGUGGUACAUAUACAGUCUUUAUUUUGAAAAUUUUGGCAAAUAGAUCAGUUGCGUUACUAUGGAAUAAUGGUACUUUAAAAUGUAGAAAUACAACAUUGUAAACAAAACAAACCAUGAAACAUUUUCCAUCCUGAACUUCACAUAGUUUUAAAUUGUCUUUUUGUGUUGAGCAUUUCAAAGUUUUAUCAUAAAAUGUUUAUUUCUGUCUAAAUUGAUCAAUUAUUUGCAUUUUUCCUUUGUGUUUUAUUUACCUACAAAAAGUCCAUUUCUGGGACACCAUACUCUAUUAUCAGAACUGUGAUUUAUAUACAUUCAUUUGUGUUCAUGGAAACCUUGAUGGACUUGAGCUCUGAGAUAAUUAAUGUUGAAGUCAUUAAUAGUAAUAGUUUUGCUCAGCUGUAACCCAAACAUCACAGGCGAAUCAGAGUAAACUUUGUUCUCUUUGGUUUUGAUACAUUUCCCACCCAUGGAUCACCCUUUCUCCCCCUCCUUCCUCUUUAUGUCCCACGUUUAUUUUGUCAGGCCAGUUCUUUGAAAUCUUUCCACUGCAGCGUCACAGUUAGAAGUUUCUCCAUCAUAAGGCAGGCUUAAUGGAAGCUUAAUUACGGUCUGGCCCCUUUCAGAUUCUAAUGUUGGAGCUUUGAAGUGGUCUGGGGAGUAAAGACGGAUUAGCCAACAGCCUCUUGUUUUCACAAGCAACAAACAGUUUUUUCCGUCCGUCUAUAGCGGUGGUGUUCACUGGCUCCCGGCCAGGCUAAAUUCCUCCAGUUAUUUCAAACUGAGAUCUGUCAGGAAUUUUCCACUCCGCGGAUGGGAAUUAAUUUUUUAACAUUUCUCUGACAUGUUUGGUGGUAGUUUGUUGUCGUCGUAUGCGUGUUUACCAGGGUUUGCGUGGGUGCUUGUGUUUUGUGCUGUGUGCAUAUGCGGGGCUGGGAAACAGAGGUCAGUGUUUCCUUUGUUUAUUUUUCGUUUGUUUUUGUUGUGUUGGGCUGCUCACAAACUGGAGAUCUCUUUAGCUCUAUCUGACGUGUUCACACACAUAUACACACACACACAGACACACACACACACUGUAUCAGCCCCUUCAGGGUAGGGUCACUACCUUGACUUGGCAGGAAAAGCCUAUAAACCUUCUUCCAUUGAUUGACUGCUCCUCUGUAUCUGGCUAACGUUAUUCCUCUGCCCUUGAGCCACAUACUGCAAUUGGAGUGUGUAGAUGUGUGUGUGUUUGCGAGCGUGCGCGUACUACACGGUCACUGUAUAUGUGUGUGGCUGUGCAUACGUGUGCGCGGUUGCACACUGCAGAUUAGGAUGAGAUCAAUGUGUUUGAAUGUGUCAAGGUUAGAGGAAGCUGGCAGAACACAAUGCCAAAAUAGAUGGGCUUUCAUCCAAUAAAAAAAAAAUCUCCUCUUGUUCCCCCCCCUGCAUUUGUUUGUUCCUCCUGUGCUGUUUUUAGCUCUUUAAGAUCCCCACCCUGUUUUCUUUGGCCCACCCUUUCACUCUUUAUCCCAUCCACCUUUUCUUUUUCUUGUAUCAGGUAAAAGCGUCCUCCAAAUUUCAUUUUCCUACAGAGAGAGAGAAAAAAAAGAAAUAUCUGAAAUGGGAUUCCUCAAGUCAAAGGAAACAAAUUGUUUUCAUCAAAUAAGAGCAGAAUCCGAGCCAACUGUCUGGAAGGCUUUUGUGAUGUGCUGCUGCAAGGGCUCUCUGUCAUCUGUCAGGGUUUUUGCUAUUUAUGGCACCUUUGCCUCAUUUUAUAUGAAGGAAUCUGUAUUUUAUGGAUGAUAAUACCAUACUUUAAAGCUUAUAUUUCAAUACCCUCUUCAUAUCUCGCAACCCUCUUGUCUCUCAGGGCCAUUUGGUGCCAUCGGAUGAGAUUUCUGUGUACUACCGCUGCCAGCCACAGGGGGAGUACUUGGACUCAGUGAUCCAGGCUCACACAGACUUCAUCCUGGCCACCACCAAGGCUCCUCUGCUGCCCUUCCCGGCCCCAAAGACCGCCAGCGUCAUCAUAGAGGAGAAAACGCAGGUAUGAGAGGAGAUCAAGAUGAGGAGUAUUCUUAGCUGAAAUGACCGAUUGGUUUCUUUCCUUUUUUUUUUUUCUUUCUUUUUUUUUCAUUUAAAUUUUUAUUGGCAACCACAGAGACAAAGGUGAUGAAUAAACACCAUCAAAUUAAUCCUAGUUGCCAAUACAAUUUUCAGUUCAAAUAAGAUAAGAGUGAGAAGGAUGAAAAACAAAAACAGAAGAGAAAAAACUAUAAAAUAAAUACACAGGUUGUAAUGUACAGAGAAUUCUAUCCUCUCAGUAGUUCAGUUGGAGGGGGAAUGCAGUUUGUAAAGGACUAGGUAUGAACAGUCGGUUGGAACUUAACCCCAAUCAAAGGUUUCUUUUGAGAGGCAGUCUGAGGUUUACUGAAGCCUUUUCACAUUUAUAAAACAUGCUGGUACGAAACAGUGUGUGUUAACAUUAGAUUAAGUAUCAGUUUGAGGUUCAUUUGCUUAAUUUCGUUCCCAGAAUGUUCAUCGAUUUUUCAUGAUUUUAUUCAUUAUUUAUUCCCUGUCUGCUGUUAAAACUACAGGAGUGUAUUUAUGAUUUACAAAGUAAAGGAUGAUUAAAAAAAACAACAAAAUUUCAUUUUUUUCCUCCCUGAUUUUCUCUUUCUCCUUGUUGCAGCUGAAGGGCUCAGACAUGGAGUUAAUUAUAGUAAAGGGAUCUUCAGCCCCGCGGGCUCAGCUAAAUGGACCAGCCUGUUCCUAUGUGAACCUCAGAGUGACCGUCAACAACAAGGAACAAGGUAUCACAUGGGAAGUUGCUUUUCCCAGACAAGAAACUCCCAAAAAGAUUGAACUGUCAGAAGAUGCUCUGAGGGCAUUCAGCGUUUCUUUCCACAUGACUGGAAUAAACAUCAUUUUAUUUAGUUAUCUUUUACAUGUACAGGAUAAGUUCAUUAUUUACCCCGUCUGUUUGUUUUCUCAUUCAGAGGGUGUCGUGCUGUUGGAGAACCCCAAAGGAGAUAACAGACUAGGUUUGGACCAGCUGAAGAAAGUGUGCAGCAGCAUCUUUGGAGCCAACAACACCCAGCUCAGAUUCUUCAACGGCGGGACUGGUAGGAAAAGAUAAAAGCAGCUCUCUGUCAUAUCUUCUCUUGAAAGUAUUUUGGCAGAGACUAUCUGAAAACGUAAAACUUCAAGAUUCAAGCAGUUUACGCACACAGGAAUCGAAGAAGUCUUUGCUCUCUGACCUACAAUGGAACAACAAAAUGAAAAGACCUUAAAGUUUUGUUAAAAGAAAUUUAGCCAUGUAAUGAUGGUGCCCCCAAACUGUCAAAACAAAGCACAAAUGAUCAAAGACAGGCAAUUAAAAAUAAAAAAGGAUGUUUGGCAUAGUUGUACGCUCAAUAAUUAAAAAGUACAUUAACAGAAUACCAGAUGUAUUACUAUUCAUUGAUAAAUUUUGUAUAUGUUUUACAUCAGUUCCUUCAAUGUUUAAUGUGUAACCCACACAAUAGUUUUUACUUUCUUGAUGAAUCCUUUAUCAAUCCGCCGUGUUUUUAAUUAUGAAAACCAAAUUUCAAGAAACAGAAAAAAAUCUUAAUUUUUUUUCCAAAACCAAGAUUAAAAAAUGGAUAACAACUCAUUUUCUCAUUUUCCAAUUUUGUGCUUAGCUUAGAGCAAAAAUUAAUGAUAUGGGUUCAAAUUCUGCUUAUCCUAAUCUGUGUUUCUAAUCGUCUGUAUUCCCAUGGCAACCGUCUUCUUGUGACAGCAUGCCCUAGGUGGGAAACUCAGAUGUUGUUAUCAUGUUCACAUGUUGCAUCCCAGUAUUGUAAGUUAUAUAAACCAUGAUAACUUGAUACUCUGGUUAUUGCACAGCUCCUUUAGAGAGAAGUGAUUCAUGUGACAUGAUAGACUGCAUGUUCAUUCUAAGUAGCUUUUUAAUAGUUUCAGAUAGGGAUGGGCAAUAUAGGCAAAAAAAUUUAUCACAUAAGUUUUGCCAUUUUGCCGAUAACAUUAAAGUCCUGAUAAAAUGCUCAUGCUUUGGUCAUCAACUUGCAUUUAUCACGUUUAUUAUAAGAUGGCAAAUAAUUAUCAUGGAGGAUUUUUCUGAUGAUAUAUCUUAAACGAUAAUUUGUUGCCCAUCCAUCAUUUCAGUCAACAUAUAAAGUGUUAAUGAUCUUGACUUUGAGAUGUGUUAGUUAAAUAAAUGCUACACUGAUACACCUGUAGGGUCUCAAAUCAUGACUUGGAGACCAGAGCGAGCUCUACGAUUUUAAUUUUGUAAUUUCAUCUCAGUUUCCUCAUAAAAAAAGCCUCUUUAAAUACACUUACUGUGAUUUCAUGCACGUAGUUAACACUGUACGGUAAUAAAUCCCACUGCAUUUUCCACAAAAUAAAGAGGCGUGUUCAACACAACCAAAACCACCUGAAAGAUGAACCUCAUGUUUGUAGCAUCAAGAUGAUAUUACAGGGAUUUUGUCAAAGUAGCUUACCUCAGAGUGUCUCGAGCUUGCAUCCUUCUUUGAUUUAAAUUCAUCCACAGGUCUGAGGAAGUUCACACACUUCAAAGUAGAGCUCUCCCUGCCUUUGUUGCCUGCUCCAUCAGUCUGAUCAGCUGCUGAGCUCAAACUACCUCCUCUACUUACUGGCGUAGCAUCUUGUAAAUAGUCUCCCAAAAGUUGAUCAAGUAUUUUUUCUGCAAGCUAGCCAAAAAAUAAACUAGCUAGUUUUUAUUCGCUUUGAUUUGUUUACAUUAUAACAAUGAAAAAGUAGGUCAAGAAAAUAAAUAAUGUGUAUUUUCCUUUUCACUCUAUUCUUGGUCCAAAACAAACAAAGUUGUUUCUAAAUAUAUAUAUUUUUUUACUGGUUUAGAGGCCCCAGAGUAACCAGGAUGAUUAUCUAACCCUCUUGUGUUUUUUCCUGUACACGUGUUUGUGUUUGUGUUUGCAUUUCAGAGGUGACCAGCAAAACGGACCUUCAGGCUCUUAACGGUAAAACUUUGUCAGUGACUUCAGGCUCUUCCUGCCCUGCUGGCUCCGCCCAAACCGUCGACACCCUCCUGUGUCCUUAUGUGAACCUGCUGCUCUGCAACGCACAACCAGCCGGUAAGACGCACACAUGGCGCGCACAAACAUAGUGUAGCCACAGCCAUGCGAAACCAGCGAGGCUGCCAUUACUCUUUUUAAUUAUAAUCGAAUCCCCCGGAGAGUCCUGUGACAACAAUUAAUGGACCCUGCUGACAAGUCAGUGCUGUUAAAGCUUCAUUUAAUUUCAUACAUGUAGCAUCACUCUUCUUCUGAUAAAUUCAGCACCAAGCACUGAUUAGAAAACACAAGUUUACUUUCUGCAUCAGGUAAAUGUUUGACUCUUUAAAAACAAAAACCUGUUGAAUGCUGCUUUUUUUUAUUCACAUUAUUUCUUUUAUUUCUUGCGCAGAGUCAGUUUACAUAUUUUCACCACUAUAGCAGUUAGUGAGCUAUGGAGACUUGUAAGCCUGAAAAAUGUGUCAAGCAUUGAACACCCAAAUAAAUAUAUUGGUGAUUUGUAGUGUGAAUCUUUUAAUAUCUCAAGAUUUGACUCAAACUGAUUCGUGAAUCUCGUGUUGUUGCACAGAGAUGCUUAUUUUAGGAUUUAUUUCAGUCUGCUGUGAUUAUUUAUUUUUAUUUCUUGACAUUAAUGAAAAAUGUGUUUGAGUUUCUUCAGCUUCUGUAACUAUUUUUUUUGGUCACAUGACUGCAAAACUGUAUAUUCAGUCAGAUGAUAGUAAACAAAGUGUACCAACAUGCUGGAAGGAACAGGACGAAGGUGGGACUGGCUUCAUUUCUUGUCACUCUAUAAACAUUAACUGGUGUCACUGAGAGCUAGCUUGCUAAGUUGGUGGUGCGAUUAGCUGGCCAGGACUGACACACUCCUGUCGAAACUGCGUACUGUGAAGCCAGCAGUAGGUUUUCUCUGUAUACACCGGCUGCUGUUUAAAAAAAAAGAAAGACAGAAUAAAGAAUUUCGUUUCUGACGUGAAUCAAUGCCCCCUCCACCAAUAUAAAUGUAGCUGUACAUUCAGCUUCAUCCUUUAAGUCACUCACACUGAAUCCUUUUGACCUUUUGACCAAUACCCUUCCAUCUAUCAAUUGAUUGUCCAGCCUCUCUUUCCCUCUCUCAUCACCUUUUUUUGAUCCAUCAUCCCUCCCCCCGCUGUCCUUCUUUUCCACUCUUGGGCUGAGGCUUGCCUCCUGAUUUGAGACUUGUGAACAAGCUUUCCUUAUAAGCCAGUCAUUUCUUAAAGGGAUAUUCCGGUGUAAAUUUAAGUUAGGGUCAAACACACUGUAAUACCAAGUUAGACACCCCCUGGAGAGAUCAAUGUUGCUGACCGCUUGCUUCUCUAGUUAUACCAACUUUAGUAACGACCGCAUGAUAGCAAUACACAGCGGUCUACGUCUCCACACCGAACCUCAACCAAAACGCCACUCUAUAGCGACAAAUUAUGCUCAGAACAGCACCUAACUUCAUCAACAGGACAUAUAGGGUCCCAGUCAUAGUACUAGCCAUCAAACAUCUUUUUAACUUUGCCUGAUUUCUUUAGCAAAGAGACUAAACACAACUCGGUGAUACGGUGUGUUUGACUAUAACUUAAAUUUCCACCAGAAUAUCCCUUUAAUUUGUAAAGGAAGUGAAGUCCAUCCGGUCCACUCCUCUUCAACACUUCCUCUAUCUCCCCCAGAGUGUCAGUCAGGAGACGCAGGAACCCUCUUGCUGGUGAACCCAGUGGGAAAGAACGGGCUCAACCACUCAGGUCUGCUCUCUGAAGCUGCCAAGGUGUUUGGCCUCCGCAGCAGACGACUUAAACUCUACCUGGACCAGGACCUCACCCAGGGUAAGAUGAAGACAUGGCGGAUAUCAUGUUAACCUUUGACUUAAGAGGAUGUCUGUUGAGUGAUUGAUUCAAUUAUUAUCCUUUCUUCCUUUAUUAUCUGAAGUGCCGCUGAUUUGGAGAGUAGUUGCCGCUGCAGGUUUUGAAUUAUGGGAAUUGUAUUUGUUUCGGUUCUGUUGCAUGGUACAUGGGUUAAAUGUAGAUUGAAUGAAAUGCUAGCUGAGGGUGAGAUUCCUUUUUGUCCAUCAGAUCAGCGUGACUAAGCGAUUUUACUUUGACGUCUUACUUUGUGCAUUAGAUGGUGCAUUAAAGAUAACAACAUUACAGCACUUACCUUAGCGUUAGUAAGUGAAUUAAUGCAUUUGUUAUAACCUUGUUUGAAUAAACUCCAUCUUGUCGAUCUGAGCAUCUGCAGAGAUUUUUCAAACAUUUCUAACUAUUAAACGCCUCUAUUUGUUUUCCAGAGCUGCCGGCGGAUUCAUCCGUAAAAUCUCUGGACACCAAAACUCUGUUUGUGAGAGUUCUGCCUACAACCGCUGAAGCAUAAAUCCCGAAAAGCCAUCACAGGAUCUCGGCAUCAACACUCGUCUCAGAUGACUCGCAGGUUCCCUGAAAGAAUAGUCUUUUUUUUAUUUUAUCAUUUAAACCUCAACAGAGCUACUUUGAAGUACAGUGGAUUCAGGAGUCUUUACUGAGAAAUCCUGAUGCAAAGCAGGUUUGUCUGUCAAGUCCACAACUUUCAUUUCACGUCUGGGAGUUUUUGGGGAUAACUUCAGGCACAAAAUCAGCCUUCCUGGGGAUGUCUUGAGAUUUUGAUGUGUUUGAACACAUCAGACACGACGAUAGCUCAAAUUAAUCAUCGUAUUCAAUCCAAAUCAUUCAACACAGUUUCUUUACUUCAUCUUUAAUUUGUCAUUAGUUAUCGUGAGUGACAGCUCUACGAAGGCACAAUGUGCUUUAUUUAUUCUGGGCCGAGAUAAGAUACAGCAUCAUUUCUUCACUUCAAAUAGUCUGCACUUCAAUAACAAAGAUAACUCAUACGGACCUGCUGGACUGGUGUGCGACAUGGCUGGUUAUGAAAACUAGGAACCGUCUGAUGGAUGGAAAACCAAACAUCAAACUCUUCCUGGAAAUACGGAUUUGAGGGAAACUGUCUAACCUGUCUAGCUGUCAGAAUUGCCGAUGGGAGAUUUUCUUUCUCAUGCUAAUAAGGAAAAUUAUGCAAGCCGUGUCCCUUCAAGGCGUAUUUGAGGUGAGCUUAGUCCAGAGUAAUUAUUCCUGCAGCUCAUUAUUGGGGAAACCAAUUUGGUCUAUUGUGCUUACACUCAUUUUGGAAUUUAACAGAUAAACCUUUUUCUGCUCAUUGCAUUGGGAUUCCUUUGACAGUUUUAAAGGCAUUUAAAAAAAGGUGAAAUGGAUUUUCAGGCUGCUGCACCUACAGGACAAAACGUUUCUCUCAUGAAAAGAGCAACACGUGGAAAAUGUUCUAUUUUCAGUGUCAAACAGAAUAAAUCGAAGGUGAAAAGAAUUAGCAUGGUUUUUUCUUUCUGCUCACUCCCCACAUGUCUGUGGGACCCAACAGACUGAUUCAACUGCUAUUAUGAGAAAAUGUUUCCCUUUGUUCAUUUUGAGGCAUUUUGAUUGACUCGUGGUACUCCCCUUAAAUGGAAAGUUGAGGAACCAGAACUAUGAAAGGGAUUUAAAGUCUCAGCAGCAAAAAUUGAAUUUAAAUGAACAUUUUGAUGUUUUUUGGCACGAGGCUCGUUUGAUUAGUCUAACACAAAGCUUGGAAACAGGAGAAAAGAGCUUGGCUAUGCAAAUUAAACAAGAUCUGCUUAUUCCUAAACCACUUGUACCCCACCAGGAUCUUAUCUGAAUUUAAUAUCCUAAUUAAGAACUGUAGAGGUACCUGUGGGCAGAUUUUGCUUUGUGAGUUUAUCAGUUGUUUACUCUUUUUUUCUUUUCUUUUUUUUUUCUAGUUUUUAUGCCAAACAAGACUUAUCAGCUUCUGGCUCAGAGUUGUAAGCAAAUUUCCCAAAUUUCAAGCCAACCUCUUAAAGGUCCUGUAUCAUGCAAAAUUCACUCUAGAAUGGUUUUCUAACAAUAAUAUGCAUCCCCAGCCUGUCUACCUCCCCAGAGGAUAGGACAUAUAUACAGUAUAUAUCCUAUCCCCUUUUUUUUCUAUUCUAUCCUCUCCCUCUUUUGCUUGUUCCACCUUUCAGAAAAUGUCUGCUCAAACGAGCGGAUGGAAACUAUCUCCUUCCAUGACGUCAUGGACGGCGAUAACUCCUCCCCUCUAGGUUGUUGACCCCGCCCAAGAUGUUUGUUCUGCCCCCUGAAAAUUUUCACUCAGACACUAUUUUUCUCCCUUGCAAAUGCUGGUUUGAAAUGGCGAAGGUACAAGCAAGGCACAGCAGUUGCUCUGUUGCUGGUUGCACAGACGUCUGUGUCAGUAGACUGCAAGAACAUAGUCACGAGAGAUAACCAUUUGUACAAUAUUGUGCACCCACCAAAAGAGCUCCAAGUAACUAGAAGACAGCGGAGAGAAGAAGAAGAAGCGGAACAAGAAAAGUAAACAUCAGCAAGCGGCGAACAGCAAAUUUCAAACGAUGGACGCCAGGUACAUCAAUCCAGGAGAAGAAACGGCGAUAUUGGAAGCUGGGCUUGGGCGGAAGAGACUGGUAAAGAUGGAAAGCCUCACGGUAGCUGGUGACAAAAAACUAAAAUAGCCAGUUGCUUGUCGUGUGCCGGAAAGCUCACAAAUGGAAGCAGUGGGAAAAAGUUCGGUAAAGUUGGGAAGAUAUUCACAGAUUCAGACUUCCAGGAUCAAUACCUCUGAGAUGAAACCUUGUCUGAACACAAAUGAUGCCUCUUUCAUGUUGCAAAAGCACAGACUACUAGCUACAAGAAUCAAAAACCAAUUCUUUUUUAAAAACAAGUCGUUCUUUUAGCUGGAUUAAUAAUACUGAUCUCUAUGUGCAGCCGGUAGCCGGGCACAGGAUUUCUUCAGGAUCCUCUCCUUCUGGGUCAGACUCUGGAUCAAACUGGUAUGGCUUGCACUAGCACUCUGUGUAAACAUUAGCACAUGGUACCAUAGCACAGGCCACACCCUGUCUUCCAGGAAGCCAGGGAGGGGCAAGGCUUGCGCUGAAGGAGGCGUGGACACGUGCAGCACUCAGAAACAGCGUGUUCUCGGUAGAGCUCACUAGAGAGUUUUCAGGCUGGCUGAAGUCCAGGAAAAAACUGGAUUUUUAGACAACAAACUUCAAACUGAGUGAACCUGCUGAAAAGGAGUUCAAUAUUGGACCUUUAAGAAAACGCAUGUAGCGCAAUUCAUUGGCGGUAUUGGUGGGGGGUGGUAACCCUCCAAAACUAACAUUGUAGGAGAUGUCAUUCUGAAAAUAAGAACUAUAGUUAGAAAUAAGGCCACUUGACUGUUUUCUAGUUAUUCCACGGUUUCUAGUAAAUUGCUAAUCAGCUUGUAAUAAAGCAGCUUAUCUGUUACAUCAUCAAUGUAGUGAAAGGUAAAACAUAAAAAAUAACAACCAUGCUCCUCUGGCUAGAAAAUAAAACUUUGUGAUGGUGUUUUCUUUCUUUUUACCAGAGGCAUAUAAAAGAAAUGUUUUCUGGUUGCUGCUGAGUCUUCUAUUCUUCCUUGUUAUUCAACAACGAGCGAGUUCAAGGACUGUGAGAAAUGGUUUUUGCGUUCCUGGUAAUGCUGCUGACCCAGAGAGGCAUAAAUGUUCCAUUCAGUCACCGUGAACUUCAAUCC